GUUUGCUUGGUUGGGGGAAGGCGGCGGAGAUGGCGACCGAGUCGGUCAACAAACAACGCCUCGCGCCUCAGCCCCACCGGCAGCUCUGAGGGCGCCCGGCUCGCUUCCUCCGCCCGCCACCUGGCCGCCUGGGGAAGGGGCGGGGCCAGCCCGGGGCGGCCGCUUCGCGCCUCUUCUUCCCUCAGCUGAGCAGCAGCUCGACGCCUGUAGAGUGUUGCUCGCGGCGGGACGGCGAUGGCGAGGACUUGAAGCGCCGCCGCCGCUGCUGCUGGGCUGCCGCCGAGGAUGGGCGAGACGCAGGGAGGAGGCGCCCAGAGCAGGUCGGUCGUCGCGGCUUGGAGACCUCGCGGCUGCUCCGAAGUGGCGGGAGGGCGCGUCCCGGUGUCUCUCGGCUUCGUGACCCGGCUUCGUUGGGAGGGGGCCCGGGGGGGGGGGCGCGCGCGCGCGUUUGGCUGUCUCCGAGGCGGACUGAGAAGCCCGGCGGCUGUCAGUGGAGCUUCAUCCUGACUGAGGUCGCCUGGGCAAGGCGUCUCCGUUUCAGAAACGCGUCCUGUUGGCUCGGAUGCCGCCUCUGCCUUGGGAAGGGAGCGCAGAGGCCAUCGAGUCGAGCCCCGGUUCGGUGAGGAAAUCUUGCAACAUCCCUGGUCCUCCUCCAGACUUUUGCUUAAGCCCCUCUUUGUGUGUGUGUGUGUGUGUGUGUGUGUGUGUGUUUUUAAGGUGGGUGGGAAUAUAAAAUGGAUAAUUUCACUGGUGAACGUUGCCUCGUACCAUUUCUUGGAAAUGCAUAACGGGGAAUGGAUGGGGGGCGGGCGGCGAUCUGCUUGCCCGCUUCGUCGUGCUUCCCUGCCAACCCAAUAGAGGACUUGCUUCUCACGGGUUGGGGAGGGGGAACGGGUCAGGGUCAGGGUGUGAAUCCUGAACCAGUUCAAUCCAGUUUCUGGGUCAAGGAACGCGGACACGGAUAAAUCUUGCACAUUGAGCCCACGGGAACAACUUUAAUUUUUUUAGUAUACAUUUCGCACCAUUUUGCUGUGUUUACUGCUUUGCAUCGUUUCAUUCCGGUUAGGGAGGAAGGAGCUAUUCAAGGCACGAAGGGCGUCCUCCCCACAACUACCGGAACUCUUUUUCAGCCCCUCCCCUCUGGCUGAAAUGUCCCCUUCUGAGAUUUCUGAAGGUAGUUUGCUGCAAACUUUGCGAGCUCACCUUUCGUCCGUAAGGACUAGAAACUUGUAAGCGCGCUCUCUUUUUAAAAGAAGGAUCCUAGAGAAACUGAAUCUUGUUCCCAGAACAAGAAUCCAAGUUUUCCCCUUCUGCGCUCUGCAGAAUAACAGCCUUGAUGAGAGCCCAGCAAACUAUAUUCAGCGCUUCCUUCAAUUUCCUCUUCUAGCUCUCAGCCUCCCCUCCCCUUAUGUGUUGCAAAAUCAACUUGGGGCAUAUUUUGUGGGAGGGGGGAAUCCUAAAUGCAUUGCUUCCCUAAAAUGUAACCAAAUGUGUAUUUAUUUGUCAGUAGUGGUGCAAGGAAAAAUAUGGAAGGUUCAAGCUACUUCAUACUCUGCAUUUUGUACACACUAGACUUUUAAAGCACACCCACCCACCCCUGAAGAAUCCUGGGAACUGUAGUUUAAGGGUGUUGGGAAUUAUAGCUCUGUGAGUGGCAAACUACAAUUGCCAAGAUUAUUUUCUGCUGGGAAGGGAAGUACUUUGAAUGUGCUCUAAAGGUAUAGUAUGUAUACACAGCUUCUAGAACUGUGAUUGGUGUGGAUGUGUACUUUCUCAUCUGGGGUGAAGGACCACCUGGUUAUUUCCUCUUUCCAUUAUACCAGGAACUGAUGUCCCACCAAAUGCCACUGGGCUACAACUCAGGGGAUCCCUAACCAUUGGCUGUGCUGGCUGGGGUGGAUUGUAAUUGGAGUCCAACAGUAUCUGAAUAGCCAUACAGGUUCUCCACACACCUGCGUUAUAUGCCUCAGGACGUUGGUGCAGGUGGUGACUUCCAGUGUGGACACUAACAGUGCAAUCCUAUGCAUGUCUACUCAGGUGUGAGACUCAUUGUUUGUCACUUGGGCUUACUCCAGGUGUGUGUAUCUGUUGGUUCCUAACAGUGUAGUUGGGUUUACUUCCAGAUAAGUGGGUUAAGGAUUGCACUCUUAAGUCCCCUAACCUCACUUUGGCAAUUAUUUAUUAUUGAGGGAGUAUAUGAUCACAUUGCUUAUUCCCAGGCUGAUGGACAUGUCUGAAAAAAAUAACAUGAUGUGGCCUUUGAAGAAUCAGAUGGUAUUCAGUGUUAACGCAUACUUGUAUCUGCAUGGUAAAAAGAUAAUGACUUCUUUACUUUGUAGAGAUGUUGAUUAUGUUUCUUAUAUUUGUCUCCCCCGCCCCCACUUCGCCGUAAGGUGCUGUGUGUGUGUGUGUUUGCAGUGUGAUAAUAAUUAUUAAUAUGGGAAGUGGCCUUGCCAAUUUAGUCAGUUUGUUGGUGUAAAAAUACAGAAGCACUCUUGAAUGUGUAUUGCAUUAGCCAGUCCGUUCCUGGGUGCUCAGAGCUUGGUUUGCUCUUGCAGCUUGCUUAAGAGGUUGUGAAAUGCAGUGUUGUUUUCUGGUCACAAGUGCUUUGUCUAAAUUCCACAUUCAUUGUCUUCCACUGUUAGCCUGCCCAUUCCCCUCAGCUCCUUAUCUUGUUUUAUCAAUCCUCCUCCACAGCUCAGUUGUUUGACUAAUUUGAAAUAUAAUCAAAUGAUCAUUGGUGGGUUGUAAACCACAUAGAUACCUGACCUUAAAGUCCAGGAGGGGUGCAAUCCCCCCCCUCAAGACUUUGCUUCUAGUUUUUACUGCCUAACUCUUGAGGAGUUCACAUUCUUAUCCUGAGAUACAGCUUGCUUUGCUUAUUUAAAUACUGUAUUUUAUUGUUCAUUUGAAAUAUCAGUCAGGGUCAUGCCUUCAAACUUCUUUUCAUGUAGCCAUGGCAAGGAUACUUUAUUAUUAUUUCUGUUAUUCUAGAUCAUCUUGUAUCCACUGAUCUGUCCAGUUUUGGAAUGUGACACCAACAAAGGAUCUAUUUGCAACAUUGAAGCUACAAAGCUAUGCAUUCUUUCUCUGGAUGUAAGUCCCACUGAACACAGUAGGACUUACUUCCAAGUAAACAUGGACAGGCUUGUGCUGCAUAUGUAUUAACUAGAAGUGAAAUGCAUUUAAGAAACAAACGCUUAACAACAGUUUUAGAUGCUACAGUUUGAAGGUUCUUCCUCACUGAGGCUCGCUUGGCACAAGCAUUACUUUCCCUACUCCUAGGCAUUUGGUGGUAUGUGACGGGCUAAAUUUAGUGUGAAUUGGUUUAAUGCUGGUGAUGUCUUGCAUGUAUCUCUUUAUUUUUGGUGUUGCAUAUUUUAUUGUUAUGGUUGUCAAUUUCUUUUUGGGAAUUGACCUAGAACUAAUUUUGUGCAAAGGGCCUACGAAAUCAAAAUCAGGUUAAAUAAAUGAUACAGUCAAGCUUUGAAUUUGGGCUCCCUUGUUUAAGGCGUUUGCCAUUUCAAACGCUUAUGGACUGAUGCUACUAUCCUUUCUUUAAAAAGAACCCAAUACUAGUUUCAAUUACAGUGUGGCUUCAUAUGAAGCUUUGGUAUCACAGAGGAGGCUGUGAGUUUCUGUAGUAGCUAAAAGUGGAGCUUUCAUUAAGAAACGAGAACUCGGGAGGGUACGCUGCUUUCAUAAUGAGACAGUUUUCUACACUGCCAUUAUGGUGCUGAAGAACCCAGCUGCCAACUGCUACUUUGGUAGCACAAUUCUCCCCUCCACCCCCACUUCACCCCUUCUUAUAGUGUCCUCUAUGAAGCUUUGUUGGUAAAACACAUGUUUUGCUCCCCCCCGUCCCCCCUCCCCGUUUAGCAAAUAGAAAAUGUGCAGAAUACCCUUGGAAGUCAGUGAAUGAAGUCAAUUUUCUAAAUGCUUUUUAGAGCCUUAAUUUUGUUUGCUUUUUGCAAUACAUAUGUUUCCCCUGUAAGUAAAGAAGAAUGUGGACGGGGGGUGGGGGUGGGGGUGGGGAACGGGACGAACAUCCACUAUCUCUAAAUGAAAAUAGUUUUGAAGUCCAAAGAAAGGCUUAAGUCUCAAGGGAGUCAAAGCCGUACAUACCCUUCUGAGAACAGUCAUGGGAACAAAAGCUUCAUUCAUUUUAGAGUUGAGUUGGAUGAACAUAUGAGGUGUGUUGAUUUAUGUCCUACUCUUGACUACCUUGAGCUCUAGUGAGUGUUGGAAAACCUCUUACAAUUUUUACCUAAAUGAGUGCACAGGCUAAACGAUUGCCCAUAUGAAGCAGAAAAAGUGGUCUUAAAGCAAGAGAAUCUUAACAUGAUGCUGACACUCCACACAAAGUUGUCUCCUCCUGCUUUCCUGGGCCUCAUCUGCCAUUUAUCUUUCUCUCUCCUCCCCCAGCCAUACAUGAAACUGUACAUUCAUGUUGGAUCCCUCUUCCCUAACUGCUCCAUGCUGCAGUCACUUUGUGUGUCAAGUGUCUGCAGACUUUGUGUUGCAGGGGGAAUUGAUCUAAUUGGCUGCUCACUCUUUGGAUGUUUAUUUCUCCUUCCUUACCUCUUUAUCACAGAAUCAUACAGUUGGAAGGGACCAUGAGGAUAAUCUAGUCCAACCCCCUGCAAUGCAGGAAUCUUUUGUCCAAGGUGGGGCUUGAACUCACAAUCCUUAGAUUAAAAGUCUCAUGCUCUGCAAGCUGAGCUAUCUCCCAUCACUCCUGAACCAUCUAGUCUCUGCCCUUGAAUUGAAUCUGGCUGCCUGAAUACAGCAGGCAUAUUAUGCAUGCAACUUGGGAGCAGGUCCAUCACUAUGGGAGUUAACUGUGGGGAAACCUCGUGGGAAGGAGCCGUGAAACUCACUGGACAUCGGGAAUGUCUUCUACUCACCUGCUUGUCCUAUAUAUUUAAGAACAAAAACCAAUGGAGCAAAAAAUUCCAGAGCACUGCUACAGAGGUUUGUGUACAUUGUCUCUUCUGCACUAUCACAUUUUCAUUUUGUAAACUGUCAAUUAUGACUUUCAAGUUACGGUGUUAUAAAUUUUUCAAAAUGCCUCCCAUUGUUUUUGCUUGAUGUUGACUGUUCCCUUGAGGAGUUAUUCCAAGUCACCAGCAUAGUAUAUCUAUUUAGAUUGUAUCCUGGAUCUGGAACUUUGUGUAAACAAAACAAGCAUCCUUCCAGGUGCCACUUCCUUCUAUUUCCUCCAUUGUUUUUAGCCAUCUGCAUUCAUGAAACAUAUUGGCUGUUUUUUAAAAACAGUUCACAUGUAUUGAUGCAAUAGUUUGCCUUGUACUCCUGGUGUUUAUCGAUUCAUAGGAGAGCAGAUCUGGGAUUUACACUGGCCAGGCUCCAGACCCUGGCCCAAGACAUUUUCCUACCUGAGGUGAAGCAACAAACGUUCUCACAUCCUAAAAUCAAGGUGCAGAGUCUCCAAAACUGUUCAAGGUAUUUUGGCACCUGAGACAGAAUAUCCCACAAUUGGCUCCCUCUUUCCCUGAGAGCAGAAAUGAAAAAAAUUGCCUCUUCUGUACUAUAGAUUUAAAGCAGAAGCUUACCAUUUUAAAUAGUCAUGGCUUUCACCAAAUAAUCAUGGGAAGUGCAGUUUGUUAAUAAUAAUAACAGUAACAACAAUAAUUUUAUUAUUUAUACCCCGCCUAUAUGGCUGGGUUUCCCCAGCCACUCUGGGUAGUUUACAGACUAUAUAAAAACAUAAUAAAAACAUUAAGGGUGCUGAAAGUUCUUAGGAAACCCCCUAAUAAACCACAGUUCCCAGGAAUUUGCAGGGAAACCUUGACUGAUUAAAGUGGUACGAUACUGCUUGAAAUGUAUAGUGCAGAUGGGGCCAAUAACAAUUCACUGGGUUUAUUAUUAUUAUUAUUAUUAUUAUUAUUAUUAUGUACUUCAAAUCAGUUGCCUUGCUCUGUCUAAUGGUAGAGUUGUCCUUGCCAGGGUCUACAAAAUGAUAAAAUGCAGUAGUGCACUAUAUAAAUCACAUCUUGAGGCAAGAAACAUUUUUUGUCUUUUUUGUGCCACUAAACAAGGGCACAUGCUCAUGUCCUGCCACCUUCAAAAGAGCCAUCAGUGAACAACAUCCUGUAGAGGAAAGUUAUUUGCAAGACAUCUGCUGCCUGAUACUGUUGUACAGCUUAUAUUCUCCUAUUUUUUCCACAGUCAGUGAUGAAAAGCAAUCUUGUGGGGCUACUAAAUUGGGGCCUCAUUGCAAAGAGAAAAGGCUAGAUCACCUUCUUCUUCCGGACAUUAUGCAGGGUGUAGAGAAAGUGGAUAGGGAAAAGUUUUCCCCCCACACCUCUUCGGACUUAAAAAUUUCAGUGGUGUCGUGUGCAAUGGUGCCAAAAUUUGGUGCUCCCCUUCCUUUUGCUUUCAAUUGUUAGUCAUUGUUGCAGUGCCCCCUAUGGUGCCCUCUCAGCUCAGUGACCACCAGUGUGGGCGAACUGGUUGCCCUUCCCUAAACCUGCCUCUGAACUCGUGUCCAUCCAAUGUUGGAAGGUUCAGCUACAGCUGGGUGAAAAAACUUUGCCUGAAACCCCAAAUAGCUUCUGCCAACCAGCACUGAGCUAGACAGACCAGUGGCUUAUAAUACGGCUUCCUAUGACCAGGAAUGGCUGUGGCCCUUCAGAUGUUGUUGGACUAUAACUCUCCAUCAUCUGAGUCCAAUAGCACAUGGAGAGCUGGUGGUUAGCCAGCCCCAUCUAGUUUUUUAGCUAAUCCCCAUUGCCACACUUCUCUUCUCACAGUAUCUGCUAAUACAUGGGGGCAUGAGAUGCAGGCUGUGUAAUAAAACACUGCAAUGCUUUUGCCCAUGUUUGAUAAUUGUGUUGCUCACACAGGGUUGAGAAUAGUGAACUGGACCAGACUCAUUCCUUUGCAUUGGUAGAAAUGUUUAAAUCUUUAAGUAGCUGGACUUUCAUCUUCUUUUGCAGAGCUGUGGAAAUGGCCUGCCAGCCAAUAGGUUUGAGGUAGAAUAGUAGUUAAUAGUUGAGCUAUAUAGGUCAAACUUUAGGCUUUCUACCUAGAGGUUCAUGCAAAGUUCAAGAACCAAGAGGAGUGGAUGCUGAUUAGAAGAGGCAAGACAACAGUUGUAAAGCCAGUGAAGGUAUAAUGGUAGGGUUGCUACUAACAUAGAAGAAUGGAGGUGAAGAAAUGCAAUGGAAGAGAGCAGGAGGGGAGACAACCUUGAACUUAAUCCUAAGCGGUGCUCAGGACUUAAGUGAUGUGCAAGUGUUCUUUGGCUGAUUGGGAACAGUGACCACAGUGCUAUCAAAUUCAACACAUUAUAUGCAGGUGAGCAAUUGCCAAGAAAGUCCAACACAGUCACAUUUGACUUCUAAAGAGGAAACUUCCCUCAAAUGAGGGGAUUGAUAAAAAGAAAGUUGAAAGGGAAAGUGAUUUGGCUCUCCAGUUAAUACAUCAUUCUGAUCUAAAUAUUUUUUUAAUGUGAACUUUUCCAUACAAGUGUCACAUCCACACUGUACAUUUAAAACAUUCUUAUACCACUUUCACAGUCAGGAGAACUGUAGGAAUUAUUAAGGGUGUAUGGGUGGCGCUGUGGGUAAAACCUCAGUGCCUAGGACUUGCUGAUCGCAUGGUCAGCGGUUCGAAUCCCCGUGGUGGGGUGCGCUCCCGUCGUUCGGUCCCAGCUCCUGCCCACCUAGCAGUUCGAAAGCACCCUUAAGUGCAAGUAGAUAAAUAGGAACCGCUUUAUAGCGGGAAGGUAACAGCGUUUCUGUGUGCUGCGCUGGUGCUGGCUUGCCAGCUGCAGCUUCGUCACGCUGGCCACGUGACCCGGAAGUGUCUUCGGAUGGCGCCGGCUCACGGCCUCUUGAGUGAGAUGAGCACGCAACCCUAGAGUCGGACACGACUGGCCCGUACGGGCAGGGGUACCUUUACCUUUACCUUUUAAGGUCAGAUUGUAAGUCUGCAAGGUCAGUAUGCAAGAUUCUUGCGGAAGCCUGACAGUUAAAAAGGCAUAAGAGUGCUUUAAAUGUAUGGUGUAGCUAUAACAAAGAACAAUUAUAUGUUGUUAUUUGAUUAUUCAUAUUGACAGCUAAUAUCCCUUAGCCGAGUAUUGCUCAGGAACGCAGUACCUCAAGGACUGCCUUUUCCUGUAUGAACCUACCCAGACCCUGAGAUCAUCUUCUGAGGCCCUCCUUCGUGUGCCUCCUCCCUGAGAGGUCUGGAGGGUGGCAACACAAGAACAGGCCUUCUCUGCAGUGGCUCCCUAUUUGUGGAAUGCUCUCCCCAGGGAAGUUCGCCUGGCACCUUCAUCUUUAGGUGCCAGGCAAAAACGUUCUUUUUUAACUAGGCCUUUGGUUGAUCUGAUGGACAUCCUAUACCCUUUUAAAAUUUGGCUCUUUUUUGGAGGGAGGGUUAUUGGGUUGUUGUUUUUAUUUUGAUUUUAUAUGUUGUGAUCUUUUCUGUGAACCGCCCUGAGACCUCCGGCUAUAGGGUGGUAUAUAAAUUCAGUUAAUAAUAAUAAUAAUAUAAUAAUAAUAAUAAUAAUUAAUAAUAACAACUCACUCUAUAAAGUGGGAGAAGUUGUUGUAAACUACCAUAAUAGAAGCUCUGCUACUAGAAUGCAGACUGCAAUUGAGGCAAGGUGGUACUAGGAAUGAGAGAAUGCCAGUGUGGUUAAUGAACAAAUUCCACAUUAGGGACCAUUAGGAAAUGAUUUUUUAAAAUAAAAAACUUGUAAUAUCUUAAAGACUUAGUAUAACUAUAUAAAUAUAAGUGCAAUAUAUGCACUUGGAAUACUGUCUUAAGUUACGAUCACUGGUGUUUGUGCAUUGGGAUGUACUUAAUUUUUUUUAGGAUGGGCAUCAGUGGCUAUGUAAGCUGGACAUUUUAUGUGAGGCAGGAGGUGAAGGGGAUUUUUGCAUAUAUCAUGCAGUUUGGGGAAAGAUUUGAGAAACGCUUUCAGCAUACUGAAAAAUUACUUCAUUCUGCCAGUGGUCUGGGGGUGGGGAAGUUCCCUAUUUUUUUCCCUGCAUCAAAACAUGAAAUCCUGUGACAUUAUGGUCAUGAAGAAAGGGUUUAUAAAUAAAAGUCUGGAGGAAGCAUGGGUUUGCAAAAUAUAGGGAUGUUUGCUAAAGACCUCUCUAAAAGUUCAUUUAGGCCAGAGAUGUGAAACUUGUGCCCCCCAUCCCUGAUGCUGUUGCACUCCAAGUUCCAUGAGCACAACCAGCAUGACCCAUUGGAUAGCUGAUGCUGCUUUAUAGAAUGAGUACUGUCCAAUUUGUUUUGCUGGUAACACAAAUGCAAGAAAACCAUCCUGGGAGCAGUGCACUGAGGCUUUUAGCAAUUGUCUGGGUGCUAGUGGCCCCCAGCAAGACAAAGAAAGUCAUGCUAUUGGCUUAUAAACACAAGACCUUAAUCUAACCACAAAGACAUAGCAACCCACCACAAACAAAAAUACACACUUUGCUGGCCUAUAACUGCUCAUGGUGAUAGUACAUAUUUCUACGUGCAGAAAUUAAGGUUUCUCUUACUGAUACCCACACAUCUGCUUCCGUCAUCCUUAUCUAUGCACACAUGCUUAAUUUCUUACUUUAUGCUGCUUCUUCCAUUAAGAGACAUCUUUCCAUCCCCACCACCCUUACCUGCCUGGGAUAGAAGGGUUUGAAGUCAAUCAGUGUUUUAAUAGAACUUAUUGACUGCUUUUCGCCAAAAGGUCCCAAAGUAGUUUCCCAGCAUAAUAAAAAAGUGCAAACCUUAAAGCAAAAUAACCCGACAACAACAAUUAAAAUUCUACUUCCUCCUUUCAGUUCUCCUGGAAAGGUCUUGAUCUAUACUUGGGGAGAGAUGUGAGCUCUUGCCAUUCAAUGUGGGUUGCUUCUACUCCAGGGUAGAAUAGUUUUGCUUCAUUCACUUAUAUCCACACAAUGCCGUUCUCCUAUGAGGCCAUCCUACAUGUUCUCUGAUGGUGUAGGUGCCUUCCAUCUUUGGCUAUAACUUUUAUUAUUACAGUCAUACCUCGGGUUGAAGACGCUUCGAGUUGAGCACGUUCAAGUUGCGCUCCGCGGCAACCCGGAAGUAACGGAGCUCGUUACUUCCGGGUUUCACCGCAGCGUCACCGCAGACGCUCAAAAUGACAUCACGCGCAUGCGCAGAAGCGGCGAAAAGCGACGCGCGUGUGUGCAGACGUGCCGUUGCUAGUUACGUUUACCUCUAGAUGCGAACAGUUGAGAAUUAAUUUUAUAAUGAAUGGUUUUAGAGUGUUGUUUGUGCUGUACUUUUGUACUGUUUUAUUGUUGUUAGCCGCCCUGAGCCUGGCUUCGGCUGGGGAGGGCGGGAUAUAAAUAAAAUUUAUUAUUAUUAUUAUUAUUAUUAUUAUUAUUAUUAUCUGGCUGCCUCGUCCUCUCCCACCCAUUUCCUUCGCCUCAGCCCACCUCCUCUACAGGUGUCCAUGCCCUCUGCCCUGCUACAGCAUUACAGUAUGUGUCAUUAGACUGUAGCAUCAUAGCGGUAUGGUUAUAGCAACCCUAAACCUCUUUCAUUUAAAAAAGCCAGAAAAGUGUGUUAGUGAUCAUUAUUAAAAUAUUUAUUUACAAGAAAAACAAGCUCAUAAUAUGACAGCCACCACCACCAGGGAUAUAGUGAGUGUUCCCUAAACUGCAAAUGGCCUUGUCCACUGGUAUGGGAAGUAUACAUAGAAAAAGUUUGACACUCCUGAGAGCGUGGAGAGUCAACUGCAAUUCCACUUGCAGAUCACAGCAGAGGCGCGGGUGUCUGGGUAGCAUUAGGAGUCCCCUGUCUGGAAGCAGGCUUAGUCUGUUAAUAGCAAGACGUAAGAAACUAUUCACAUGACAUCAAACCCUUAAACUUGAGUAACCCUACAUUUUGGGGAACUGUCUUCUUCAUGGUAACCCUCGUGGUAUUCUCUGUUAUGGUUGCUUUAAAGAAUGUUGGAGAAGCGAGAGACUCCUUUCGUUUAGGACAGCAGCCUCACUUCCUUUCCCCUGCCUGCCACACACAUUCCCAAAUGUUGGGUGUCCAGAUGCUUCUAUUGGCAAUAAAGCCACCAGUGUAUCCGAUCGUGGAACCAACGGUAGUGUGGCUGCUCCUGGAAUUAAGAACAGGCCUUUGUGAUGAUGACUAAAUGUCUCCACAGGCAGGUGCAGGGAAUGGGGCUGUGGCAUAACAACGACUGUGCUUCAUAGGUUCUAUGGAUUAGCUGCAGUUAAGCCUCCAGCAUAUUUGUCGUGCUCCCCGCAGGGUCAUAUGUGUACCUGUGUGUGUAUUAGCUUUACAGCCUUUACAGCUGAAAAGCAUUUUUAGCAACAUUGAAAAAUAAGAAGCAACCUGGAAAUUCCAUGUUGGAGAUGAAUAUAUCUAAAAGCUCAAUCUGUGUAAUAUUUUCACUCUUUCUGGUCCCCUCCCUUUGACUACUUCUGCUUCUACUCUUUCUGCAAACCAGUUUCCACUUCUGCCUUGGGGUUCAGGCCUCUGAAGUCUCUCUAGUGGCUGCUGUUAAGGAUGUGGCCACACACAUCUCCUGUAUCCUAGAAUAGUGCCAGAUAAUCCUCAAAGGUAGGUGAUUGUGGCUUUGGAGCAUCUAGGAUGGGAGUUUGUGCCCCUCUAGAAACAUUUCCAAGGCUGCUGAAGUUGGGGUGUGUGUGUUCAUGGCAUCUUAUCACCACUGCGAUGUGGAGGUGGGAAGAGUUGGGUCCGCAUUUUCCUUAUUGACAGUAUGUGUUCAUGCCAUUUGCACAACUGCAACAUUUGGCAAUAGUGGUAGCAAAAAGGAAGGGAAAUUGUGUUUUCCUGUAACAAAGCACUGAGGGUUUUUUCCUGCAAUGAUGGUGUGAUCUCCCACAGCAAUAGAAUGACAGGUGUGCUUUUUGGAGGGAGAAUGUCUGGAUCAUCUCCAGUAACAGAUUAAUUGCUAAGCUCUGCUUCUUUACACUAUGAUGUUGAAGUCAGUAAAAUCUUUGCACUUCAUCACCAUGAUGCUGAAUGUGCUCUGUGAUACAGAAGUGCAGCAUGUAGAAUUUGGUGCAUGCAGUCUUGGCUGGUUCAUAAGGAGUGAGACUGGUAAUGUCUGGUGUGUGUGUGUGUGUGUGUGUGUGUGUUUGUGUGUUUUACAUACACUCAGUUGUUCUUAAAAGUUUUGAGCCAAGAGUUCAGCAGAAGAUUAACAGAAACAAAACGACAUAUUUAUUUAUAUACUACCCUUCAGUAAAGAAUUGCAUUACAGUACUUAGAAUCUAGCAGCAUUUGGUACAAAAUCUGGGCUGUCCAGGUGCAAAAAUGAUUAAAAGCGCUGUGUACAGAAUCUCUCAGAGUUUAUGAGCUGCUUCUGUAUGUGUGUGCUUUUCUCUAUCUGAUUGAAGAUGAACAUGUACUACACAAGAAAGAGUCAUUUCCACAUAGUUCAUGUAUGUGUCAGUUUUGCAUGCCUUGUGUAAUUGUGGAUUUCUGAGAUGUCAUACCUUCCAACACUUCAUGGAUCUAAAAUGGGGAACUCUUGUAGCACUUACCCUACUUCCACCUAUAGGUUGUAUUAAUUUAUUCUGCAAUAAUCUGUGCAGUAGAGUCAAACAAGGUAAGACAAGGUGAGAAAGGUCAACCGACUGGUGACAUGUUGGUCAAAUGGUGGUCAAGUAUUCUUACUGAAACACAUCUGCAUUACUUUCGUGCCAGCUCUUAGCAUGUGUGCUAAGAACAGAUAUAAACAUAAAUGAAACAAAUUGUAAUUGGGAAUACAGCAAAAGCAUAGAUAAGGCAAUACCUCAGAAGAUUUUGUUUCAGGAAUAGUCAACAUGGGGUUGUAAAUACCUAACCUUUACUCAGAGUAGCCCCAUUGAAAUUAAUGGAUUGAAUACAACCCAGGAUCCCCUCCAGAUGUUAUGACCAAUAGCUAGAGAUGGGAAUGUCUAAGGAGUCGAUCACUCUGAGUCUUCUGUGUUGAGUUAAUGGGUAAUGGCGACUUUGUGAUUGCUGGUGUGUUGCCUUUCCACCCAACAACUUUCAGAUUAUGACAGUAAAUUAUUAAACACAUUUCUUCAUGCUUUCCUGUUCCCCCAAAUCCAGCUAUAGGUUUUGGAACUUGUAUUGGUGCUUAAUCAACCAGCCUCUUUUCCAUAUAUUGAGACUGGGCACUCAUAAUUCAGUUUCUUUUUAGGUUCCCUUCCCUUGAAGUGCUGCAGAAUGAAAAUAAGUCAAAUCUGCCACAGAACACAUGAUGCUUGUACAGUAGAACUUAAUCUGGGACUUGGGCUGCACAUAGUUAUGAAUGGGGAAUGUUUAUUUGAAACCAAUUGAGAAAGUGAACUUUGCUGUCAGCAGAGUUGGUGCACUGGAAAUGAAAAGCAGAAGUGGGGAGAAAAAGAGGAACUGAAUGGGCAAAAUGUUAAAUUAUCAUUUGGUUGAUGCUGUUGGAUUCCCCCAGCCCACCCUUCUUCCACUCCAUACACAAACAAACACACGUCCCCCCUGUCUAUUUGUACAGAGAAUAAUGCUGACUGUUCUAGGAGAUGCCUGAGUCUAGCAGAAAAUAGCAUCCAGAAAAGAUAGAACCUGAAUCAGAGCUGAAUCUCUAGAUACACAUGCUUGAUGGAAAGUAUUAUAGGAGAAGAUGCUUAGAUAAUGUGGACCUAGACCAUUUAAGGCAUUGUAAUGUUAAAACCAAGUACCUUGCAUUGGAUAUGGGGAAAGAAACCUUUUAAUACCUGCAUAUGUCUUCAAAUAGGAGUUAUGUGAUCACACAACAAGCAUCCAACAGUGGUUAGGUAAUGGUGCUCAGUACUAGAUGGAAUUUCUGAACCAUCAUAAAAGGCAUUCCCAUGUACAGCACAUUACAGUAAUCUACAUGGGAAGUCACUAAGGCAUGGAUACCAGUGUCCAGGUCUCUGUCUUCCAGAAGGAACCUCUUCUAGUGAGUCAACAAACCGUGGAUUGCCACUGACUGCAGGCACUGCUUUCUGCAGAGGUUGGCUGCUCUGGUGGGUAAGAUUGCUCUAAUAAGUACGCACUUUGAUGCAUUAAUUCCAAACGGGCCAUUUUGACAUUCCAUAGACUAGUCUUAACAGUCUUGGCUUCUUAAUAAAUACAUGGGUCCUCACCUGCCUGGUACAGUGGAGUUUGUUAUUGGAAGAGGCUGGAGCCAAAGGGGGAUGUGAAGUCAUAGUCCAGAUAGGGGAAACUGCAACAGACACUUCCCAGCACAAAAUUCGGUGCUUCCCCUUGAAGGUGGUUUAUGUGGGAGCUAUUGCUGUAUUAAAAAAAUACAGAAGUAUGGAAAGCUGGUAGGAUCACUUUUGAUGAAGCAACCAUUUGAUGGGCCUCCAUGGAAGCACAAUAAACAGUUUAUGAGCAUGAGAGAACUAAUGUCCCAUAACCUUGCAGCUUGUGGAAGAGUUAGUCAAAUCCACAGAACUAAGAGAGUCAAAGAUUUCUUCACCAUUGCUGUCACCAAGGAAACCUGACUGUUGUAUGGCAGUAUUUCCUCCUGGGGUUUUCUCCGAUUGUUGAGUACUGUUUCUCUCUCCCCCCCCCCCACUAUGAACACUAUAGUCACAUCAUAGGAAAGUGAGUCACAAAAAUAUACAGCUGAUGCCUGUGUGUUUCCUGGUGACUAGCUAGUGUUGCCCCAAAAUGGUAGCAUGAGGGAUGCAAUUGUGACAUUGCUGGUGCAAGAGAUUUUUCUGUCUGAGUCAGAGUAGUAAACGUAGUCUCCCACCACCAACACAUAAAGUGCAUAUUAGCCAAUGCUGCAAUAAAUGUUAAGGUAAAGGUAAAGGGACCCCUGACUAUUAGGUCCAGUCGUGGCCAACUCUGGGGUUGCGGCGCUCAUCUCACUUUAUUGGCUGAGGGAGCCAGCAUACAGCUUCUGGGUCAUGUGGCCAGCAUGACUAAGCUGCUUCUUUCUGGAGAACCAUAGCAGUGCACGGAAACACCGUUUAGCUUCCCGCCGGAGCGGUACCUAUUUAUCUACUUGCACUUUGACGUGCUUUGGAACUACUAGGUUGGCAGGAGCAGGGACGGAACAACGGGAGCUCACCCCGUUGCGGGGAUUCAAACUGCUGGCCUUCUGAUCGGCAAGUCCUAGGCUCUGUGGUUUAACCCACAGCGCCACCCGCGUCCCAUGCAAUAAAUGUUAAUUCCUUCAAAUUCAUUCUAGUACCCAAUGUCACUCAAGUUAUUUGGAUGAAAAACCUACCAGUGCUUCUUCCCUAUUCUAGCAGUAAAAAUACAACAAUAAUGAAUAACCCAACAAUUUGCUGCUCUUUCAUGACAUCUGCCUGACAGGUGCUAUCUUACUAUGGCAAAUUAUAGGGUGGGUCCUGUUGAGCUACCAUCUCUUGUUUUCUGCCAGUGGGAUGUGCCCAGAUGAUCUAGUCUCGAGUUAAUUGCUUAAUGGCAUCUGAUGUUGCCUUGAGGUGGACCUCCUUUGUGACAUUUCAGAUCCUUCUGUGAUUAACUAGAGAUGCUUUUGUUCAUCUGUAAGUGAACAGAUAACCUUUUAAAAUCUUCUGUCUACAGCUUCUCAGGUCUGUGUUUUGUGUGAGAGAGGAAGGAAUUAUUUAUUUCCCAUGCAAAAGAUUCUUCCAAUCAGUGUAAACAGCAGUGAGCUGAAUGGGUCAAUGGUCUGACUCGGACAAUUCCACAUGACUUCAAAAUGUUUUGGGCUUUUCUCUAAACUACAGGGUUUAUUCCAUAGUUCUCCAAAUAACCUUGUGUGAUAAUCAUCUAUUGCUGCUAUAGAUUGCUGUCAUUUUUGGUGCUGUCAUCAAUUCUCUGCCCACAACCAAAUGUCACCUGGGCGGUGGUUAUGGCAUUAUUCCAUUGAUACAAUUUUAACCUACUUUCCAGUCAACCUUUAUAUAAGAAAUAAGCAGAUAAAACCACUAAGCCACAGCAACCCUGUUCUGUCCUUUAUGUUGCAUUUCUGCCAGAAAUUGAAGCAAUUUUUGUGUGUGACAAAAAUGGAGGGGCAGCUGCCAGAAGAACCCUUUAAAUAAAGCAUUAGGCAGAAAAGUUUCAAAUCUGACAAAGUAGGUUUCCACCCCCUUCUUAUAGGUCAAUUUUCAUUUCACACAGAAGUUCUAGCAACCUAUAUGCACAGAUGUUUCUGAGAUACCUCUUCCCACUUCCAUGUAUCCACCCCUGCACUUACAUUGUUUGUUUAACCCAAUUAGCUCUUCAAUAACUUCAAGGGUUGAUGAUUUGGCCAUAUUUUGCUUCUGAGGUACCCAUGGCAGGAUGCUCUGGUUACGACAAGUGGUUCUUGUGGGUUAAAUGCAACCUCUUUAAAAUUGUUUGUGCUUGUUUUCUUUUUUUAAAAAGGUUUAAUCCACAUUUGUCAGCUUCACAAACAAUUUCAUGAAGAAUUUUUUGCACUGUAAUGAGGUCAGCUUCUAGUUCCUUUCAAAAACGUUCAUGGCUACACAGUUUUGAAACACAUUUCCAGACCCAGACCCCAACAGUAAGACCAUCUCCCAUCCUGGUUGUUCACAAACGAAGUAAGCUAUUGCAAGACCCAAUUCAAAUGACCCAUAACAUUUUAAUCAAGUUUUUUUAAAACAAAACAAAACAAAACAAAACAAAACAAAACAAAAUGAGCCCCCUAACAACCUUGAAUUCUGGAUUCCAGAAUUGUUCCUUUCCCUUUACACCUGAAUUUAUUAAUGAUCAGUUAAACUGGUGUUUUAAUAGCACAUUAAGAAUACAAAGCCAUUGGCAAACAUUAAUACCUUCAGUUCUGUGAAAGAGGUCAGUACUGUUACCUGUUGGUUUCAGGCAUGACACACAGAAUGAUAAAUAGAGGUUGUGUGGCUAAGUUAGAUUUAUGUCCAGACAUAAUUCAACACAAUUUUUGGUGAUGUGUCUUCUUCACCUUUUUUGGCAAUGCAUAAAUAACCAUGCUAUCUGACUCUGGUGCCACCAAAUCAAAGAGGUAACGUUCCAUGGAUAUAGGAGGCAAAAUUUGCUUUGUAGCCAAGGGGUUACGCCUAAGAAUGAGACUCCCUGUUGACUGGCAGUGUCCAUUCCUUAAUUCUUGCAAUUCUUUCCUUGGGAUAAGUUGCACUCAUUUUUUUCUCUUGCAUAAGGACUGCUCUGUUUUUGCUUUGUGGCAAUAUGUGCAAUGCAUUGGAUAUGUCUUCCUCGAUCCAGCUCAAGGAGGAUGGGGGAGAAAGUGCACACAGCUCCUCCCAGUAUGCCAGCCCUUCCUUUUCCAUCCCCAUAUGCACAAACGAAUCUGCCUUGAGUCAGAGUACUGGUCCAUCUUGCUCAUUAUUGUCUUCUACACUGAUGGGUAGCAGCUCUCCAGGGCUUCAGAUGGGAGACAUUUGCCAUCUACCUGAAAAUGCCAGGGCAUGCUCAUAACACUGAGCUACACACAGGAACAGAACAUACAAAUGCUGACAUCUGUGCAUACAGUUGCACAGCUGCAAAUCAUGUGGUUGAGUUCCUCCUUUCAUGUAGCAAAUGGUCCAUAUGACUUUUCACCCAAGUCUGUCGGCUGAAAGAUGGUUAGGUGACAUUCGCACAAUCCAUAUGGAGGAGGCAGGGCUAACACACUCAGUGCAUGUGGAGCAGCUGCGCAUGCUUUCUCCCUUCCAUGCUCUGGGCUGGACCAGGGGAGAUGUAUCAUCUGAUUUGGGCUUGUGUUAAUUUAGAGGACCUACACAUAUAUGUAUUUUGGCAUUUGUAAUGAUACUGCCAGGAUAGUGGUUACUGGUCCAUCUGUGAAAGAGUAAAUCCACUUGCGUGUUAGUAAACAAACUUCCAACAGGCCCUUUUGAUUGCUUUGUUUUGGUCCCUGUGUGUUUAAAGGAGCAUAUUUAAGAAUCUGAGUGCACAGGAUCAACAGCAGAGCAUUUGGGCCUCUGUGGAUACUCUGUCUCUGAUCUUAAGGUCUCUGGGCAGCUUAAGAUGUGGAAUAAUGCAAGAGGUUGCAAAGCUGGAAUUCAUCCAUACGUUAGACUUUCUCAAAGCAUGAGCAAAGAUAAUUGAUGGUGCUUGCACUGCAAAUAAUGUACUGGAUGUGGACUGGAUUUACUCGGGUGCCUACUGGCCUGCCUGCCUGCCUGCCUGCCUGCCUGCAUAUGUGUGCAUGCAUUUGUGCAGGUGUGUGUGCGCACACAUGGUAACUUUACCAGAUGAUGAAGGCCUUUCACCCUUCCAUUGGGGUGGUGAACCAGCCAUGCUCAACUUGGUUCUGGUGACGAAGGCUGCAGCUGCCUGCAGACUAUAGUUCCCCCAAAUGUCUCUGAGCCUUGCAAUUCAACUCCCAGAACAAAAAAGACUGCAGUGAUCUACUUCAUAAUUCACUUUCUAUAAUCUUUUCCUGUCUUUUAUGCCCACACUGAUAAGUAGGUCAUUAUUGUUACUGCAAAUGGAGCGAGCUAUAUUUUUUUCUGUCUUGUAUAAGAUUUGUUUAGUUUUCAACCAUUUCCUCUUUCUUCUUCAAGUGAGAGAAAAGGAAACAUGAGGAUAAAACUGAUGGUGGGUGCAGAAGUGUGUGGCUCACAGUGCACUGCAUUUCUAAGAAAUUCUUGUAAGCCUCAUCCUUCCUAUAUUGGCCACAACUAUGUUUGCACCACCCCGGGUGGUUUCAGAUGUGCUUAUGGCGUGUGCUGGUGAAGUAAAUACUGUUCAAAGGUUUUAUGUGUUUCAAAAUCUUGAUAGCAUGGUGCCUGAGUUCUGGAAGAAAGACCUGCUCUCUGCUGAAAGGCCCAUUUUCACCUGGCCUAGGGGGUGGGGCCCACUACUCACCCUGAACACCUAAAAGAGGCCACUGGGACAUUGUUGGAACAACUCUUGGGUUGGGGCAACUGGCUAAAAUGUUUUAAAAUGUUUUAAAUGGUUCUAAUUUUGGUUCCUCUGUUUCAUUUUUCUUGGGUUGGUGUUGGUUAAACAUUUAGUUGGGGUUGGUGGUUACUUUAAUUUGGGUAUAACUGUAAACUGUUUGUUAUUAUUGUUAUUGGUUUUAUUGUUUUAUUGGUUUGUUUGUUGCUUGUAUAGGAUAUCUUGGUUUUUUAAUGUUGGAUGUUUUGUUGUGUUUUAUAGGUUGUAAGCCACCCAGAGUGGCUGGGGAAACCCAGCCAGAUGGGCGGGAUAUAAAUUAAAAAUUAUUAUUAUUAUUAUUAUUAUUAUUAUUAUUAUUAUUAUUAUAACAUGGUGACAAAUGUGAAUGAUGCCAUACAGAAAGAAUGUUGCUGUAUGAGGAAUUUUCAGUGCAGGUUUGGGGAGAGACAGCAACCUUGUAGGGUAGGUCUUUAGAUUAAGGUUUUGAAUAGUCUUGCUGAAAAUCUAUUAUAUCAGCUGCCUGGUGGCCUCUGGGUGGCUUGGACCUGAGAUUCCAUCAGCCCCAGCCAGCCCAGUCAAGCUGGCCAUGGCUAAUGGGAGUUGUAGUCCAGACCAUCUGGAGGGCACUAGCCUGGAGAAGGCUGCUUUAGAUAUUCCCUCCCUGUUAAUUCCUUCUAGUGGCCUUCAAGCCAGUUCAAUUGGCUUGGUCAAGCAUCCUGAUCCAGUAAAUUAAAUUGUUUUGGUCAAGCAUCCUGAUCCAUGGAGAGUUGGGAGGCAAGGGUUGAACGCCUGCAUGGGAAAGCAAGAAGGAGGUUCUUUCCACGAAGAGAACAAUGCAACUUGAACUUGGAAGUGUCUUCCUUGCAGACUAUUGAUAUUGCCUAUUCUGCCAAAGCCAACAGAGGAUGAUCCACGAGGCACAGCUGUAUUUGCUCAACAUUGUGCAAGUCUGAAUGGUGGGGUCUGGCACCCAUCCUCACCCUUCGCUUAUUUGCUUGUUUGAAUCAUAGAAGGGCCAUCUAGUCUGACCCCCUGCAAUGCAGGAAUCAGAUCUAAAAUACUUCCACUCCAUGAUUCAGAAAAAAGCUCCCAGAGCAGCUUACAAUCAGACUUACAAUCUAAAAGGUGAAGCACAAAAGGAAAUAGCAUUGGAAGGGAGAAGGAAAAGUGGGGCCCUGUCCCACUGAGCACACUUGUUAUUGUGCUAGUUGAAAGAUGGCAUCGCAGGUGCAGGCACAUGAAUGAAACAAAUUGUGUCACUGGAAAUAUAUCUCGUAGCUGCUCUUCUUUGCCAAAGCUGCUACAGUGUCCACUAAUGUUCAUUGUAGCUUUCAAAAAGUCUCUUUUCAGGUUGGAUUCUGGAACAGAUUUGCAUAUGGUAUUUGUAAUAUGUGUAUGCUCUGUUCAGAUCAAUAGAUUUGUGCAACAGCAUUGAGAAGGUGGUGUUUCCACUGUUGCCAGUUCUUUCCUGAUUUUAUUUAACACUAUUUGCAUGCUGCCUAAUCACGAAAACCUCUCAGCAGUCCCUGAAGCCAAAUGAUACGCAUUUUGUACGUUGUGUCCUUGUUCCUAAUAAAUGCAGGCCAGUGAGAGGUGAAGGGAUCUCACCAGCGUGCUUAUAUUCUCAUUACCAUGUGUCUUUGGAGCCACAUUAAAUCCUAGUAAUAAACCAUUGAUGUGAAUGGAGUCUAUGCCAGAGAUGAACGCGUUUCUUUGUAUUUAAGAACAGAAGAGUGAUUGCACUGAAAGCCUGCCUCUCAGGGCAAUAAACAAAGCCUUGUUUGUAUCGAGAUAUUCGGUUUAAUUGGUUUGCUUUGAGGCAAAAAAACAAAGCAAAACCCAGGCUCUCCUUAAAGUGUCUGCAGUAGCAAUAACCUAGUAGAGACUGAAGACGGACUGCCAACAGGUAAGGGGAAGAGGGGGGGGGGUGAGUGUGUGUUGUGGUCAAAAGCCUAACAUCUUAGUUCCACAUUUGUCAGUUUCUUUGGAACUACCAUCUUCAGUUCAGUAGCUUGUUACAGAGAAUCUAGAAAGAAUGUUUUUCUCAAAAGGCUACAGUUCAGGGUUCCUCUUUUGGCCUCCUAUGGUUUUUCAGUCUUAAAUGAUGGCAAUUUGGUGGCGGGUGGGAAUAAAAGGCAAUUGUAGCACUGCUCUGUCGAGUUUGAGCAGGCAAAAGUAUAUUGAAAUGUUACAAGGAUCCUGUCCCUUUUUAAUUUAAAGUCUCCUGCUUGCAGGAUGGGGCCUAUCCAUUCCCUAAACCCCCAUGGACCAUUCUGUGGAUUAGUGAUGAACAGACUCUUAUUUGCACCUUGACUAGUCUUUCUUGGUUGGCCCAGUUCCUUGCUUUUGUUCUGGGCUAGGGAAAGGGGGGGGGCAAAACAGCUUUCUGUGCAUUUCCCUCACUUCACUUUUAAAGCAAAAGAGCUCAAAAUUAGUCCAGGAAUUAUGAACCAAAAGAUUUGUGUUCUGGAUGCUUCUUUAAAAGUUGAUUAACACAUGCAUGUGCAAAAGUUGUUCAUGUAGUCUCAUGCGUUUGGGUUAUAAUUUAAAAUAGCUUCUCAGCAUCCCCCCCCCCCAAAUAUAGUGUUAUAUUAAUAAUACUUUCCUGAGUAGGUGCUAUUCUAGCCCUUGUCAACAAUGGUGACUUUUGUUGUGUUUUCUCUAGGCACAAUUCAGUAUUAGGGCCCCUCCAAAUUGCUGUUCAUUUUGUUUUUUCAACAUGUCAUUGAUACAAUAAUACUGCAUUAGUGAAGUAUUCAUAUUGGACCACCCACCUAUCAGUCCGCUUUAUUAGUUGGUCUGUGAUGGUUGCCCAGUGUUUCUGCAUUAUUGCCAUUGGGAGGGGCACUCUUGCACUGUAGGGCAUUCAAAGCAACACACACCUGAAACAUUUGUGGUACAACAAGUUUCAAGAUUUCAGCAGGAAGCUGCAGGACAUGCAUCAACUGGAAACAAAGUAGUAUGUCUGCCCCCAAAACAUGCAGGUUGGGAGUUGUAGUCUAGCUACAUCUGGAAAGCACCACAUUGACUAUCCCUGCUAUAUAGAAGCCAUUGAGUGUUGUGUAGCUGGAAUGUAGCCUACUGUACAAAUGUAAGAGUGGCUGUGUUGCUCCGCCCACUUCUGCCUCUGGCCUGAACCACCACUGGCAGGUGGCCCCUGGAAGGGAAUGUGUGGUCUGUGGUCUGAAAAAAGUUUCUCACCCUGGCAUUAGAGACCAUACAGUUUGCCCUCAUGGAGAAGGAUCAACAGUAUCUCUAACUUAGUGGGUUUGGCCUUUGCUAAUUGUAAGAAGGUAGCACACACUCUUCACACAUGUGCACUAUUUGCCUGGUUUGUCAAGACUGCAGUUUCCAAAUACUUGGUUCUGAACCUUGAGCUAAUACUGUUAAUUGCCAGUAUGGAGUUUUGAAGCCUUGCUGUUCUGUUCUGCUUUACCUUCAGCAGGAAGAAUUUAUGCAGUGGUGAUAUUUUCCCUAGCCAUGUUCUCCUUCCUGCUGUGUUUCCUCUUUCAAUUCACUUAAUGACAGUGAACUUUAUAUGCACACAAAAACAUACUCUAGGUAAUUAGGAAAUAGAUUGCAUUCAUCAUGUGCAAGUCUGAUGCUGUGGAGUCUAGACUUGGAAAAUACUGCUUCCCGAUUGCUAAAUUUCCAAGAGCAGGGAUAAAUGGCAAGGCUUUGACUGUGGUUGAUAUGGCUUCUUCCAAGUAAAUCUCUGACCAGAAGAUGGGUUUCCAGUGCUGCAAUUUAGAAAUAAGCUCAGUCCCUCUACUUUCUUUUCUUUCUUUCUUUACUUAAAAAUUAUAUUUUGUGAGUGAAGUAUGUUUAUUUAAUCAUCAUGGUUUAUAUUGGGAUAACUGACCUUUGGCCCACCAGAUAUUGUUGCACUACAAUGCCCAUCAUCCCUGAUUAUUGACCACGCUGUUUGGGAUUGAUGGAAACUGGAGCCCAACAACUUUUGAAGGGCCACAGGUUAGUCACAGCUAGUUUAUACGGAGUGCAUAGUUCAAAGAUGAGAGGAGAAUUAAGACUUCUGUUGUCAGUUUUUUUAUAGGAGGCCUAUCCCUUUAAGAAUCCCUGUGUUGUCCAACAGACUCACUAUUCCAUUUCAGAAUGGCAGGCCUAUCAUGUCAUAAUAAUGUUACUUACUGAAAAAUCAGCAUCAAUGCAGUGGCCCCCAGGAUUCUUCUUUGUGUAGGCCAAUGGCCUAUUCACCAUAAGCAAUGGUGAUGCUUUCUUGGGUUGAAUGCCAAAGCUGCUCAUUUCUGCCCCCCAUCCUCCAGUGCAUGCUUUGGCUGUACUUUGAGUGCAGUUCAUAAAACAUGGUUGUCCGUGAGCCAGUCCUGCUUUAGGGAAGAAUGUUAAUCGGUUGACGCAUUUACUAGUGGUUAAUGUGACUUUAGACUUGUGAGCUUACUUCAUCAAAAACCUCUUGAGUGUGCAUACACUGCAAAAAAAUGGGAAUAUUAAAAGAACAGCUAGUCUAGGGGAGUUCUGUAUGCAUGUGACUGUGGUAAGCAAAUGUCAAUCCACAUACAAAGGUGUGUUUAUGUUGCCCCUGGAAAAGGCUUAGAUUUUUUUGGGGUCAAAUCUCCUAGGGAAAAUAAAAUCAUCAAUUGUUGAACAGUAGCCAAGAAUACUUGCUGGCCCUCAUUAUUCAGGAGUUUCUGCAUGAGUGGGAUCACAAAGAGCUAAAUCUUGGGUAAUCUCUUUCUUUAGCUCUUCAGGCUAGUCAUGUUUAGCGUCUUACAUUUUUGGGAUUGAGCAUAAUCUCCCACCGACUGAACGACUGUGGGAAUGAGUCCACCGCAGUUACUUGACAACCUACCCACACCUAGAUCAUUGCGCAUCAGUGGCUGAAAAAGAGGUGGGUUUGAGUAGAGAGGGAACCUGGAUGCCUCUAGAAUGUCAGUAUUGAGUUGUGGGAGCAAUUCAAGCAUGUAUCAGGAAAUUAGAGUUUAUGCAUUAAAAACACCCAGUUCAAUAAUAAAAAGUAAAUAGUAGCAAGGAAAAGGAUUUUUUUUAGAAGUGAUUUCAGUGUGAAAGAAAAUUAAAAUUGUCGCUAGCAUCCAACUACCUUGAGAGAGACGGAAUGUGCCUCCAGGGAUGGAGAAUCACAGCGCCUGCUGUGGCCGCAGAGACUGGUAACUCAUAACUGCGGCCUCCUGCAUUGUUUUGCUGUGUUAGCAGCUCUGAAGUGAACUCUCCAGGGCACAAGCCUGGACAGUGUGUAUGGAAGCCCUGGGCUGUGUGAACAAAUUAUAAAGAGGUGUUUCAUUUGUGAUUCCAAAAUUCAAUGAACAGGACCCAUCUUUCAAUAAAUUUGCUUGGUAAUGGCAUUAUAUUGCAUAUAAUUGCAAUAUAGAGGGUUUAUGCAAUUUGAAGAGGAUUAAACCAUUCUGUUGUCCCAGCACAAAGAAAGAAACAGAUAUUUUGCAGCUGGGAAAGUGAUGGGGAAAUGCUUUGGAAAGUAUGGAAUGAACAAAUGGUUAACAUGAAGACACAAGCAAAUAACGAUGAAUGCAGCUGGAAUGCUCAUUGUCGUAUAAUAUCCCUACAAACUAAUGGGAAAGAAUGUUUAAAAAGACUGGAUACAAUCUAACGUCUGUGCAAGCAGAUCAGGAUGACUUUAUUAUUAUUAUUAAUCGCCUUCCACACACGUGUCUUAGAGCGAUGCACAGGAUAAAAUAAAAAGAGCUUUUAAAAGCAGCACAAAAAUAUAGUAAAUGUGUUUUAAAAACAAUGCAGCAGAGACUUAUUAAUAUAGCUGAGAAAGCUGUAAAGAUCAUCUGGAGAAACCCUUGCUUAUCUUUUGGUUCAGGAAAGCUUGCUUGUCUGGACAUUGUCAGAACCAAGCAACUGUUUAAAAACUUGAAUCAGGCAUAACAUUCCCUUGGGUUUCUAGGGACACUUGUAUGAUAGCAGAUACCACUGUAAUAUAAGGCUUCAUUCUGUUCUCUACCAGCCUUUUGGUGACUUUUGAACCCUUUUGAUUUAGCUGAUUUCAGAAAGUUGAAACCCGCCCUAUGUUGUACCGUUUUGGUUUCCUUGUUUUGUUUUUUUAUCAUCAGUGUGUAUAAGUGAAUUGUAGAUAGGGCCUUUAUCAGCAAGAUUCUGCUCUGCAACAGUUCUGCAGGAGUACCCAUUUUUCACUCGUCCUGCUGCCAAUGUUCCUUCUUCUCACCAUCCAUUAGACGUUCAAUGUAAGAACUACUUGCAAAUAUAAAUGCAAAAAAUUUAAAUCGAAACUGAAAACCAACAAAACACAAUCUUUUCUAAAUAUAAGUAAUUUAUAACAUAAAAUAUAACUCAUUUCUAUUAUUAUAAUAGAUAAUAUUCCUCACACAUGUGGUUUGUUUUCUUAAAAAAAAAACACCAAAGAAAUAAAUAAAGAAAAUCAAAUAUUAACUCAGGUGAGUGGCUGAAAGCAGCAAAUCCUUUCAUAUUCAGGAAACAAGAUCCCUUUGUUACGAAUCAUUGACAUUUAUUUUUCUUUCUUUCUUUCUUUCUGAUAUAAUGCAUUAAUUCCAUUGUAAGCACAUACUCCCAUGUCUCUUGUGUCACUUUUUGAAGGCAUAACUUGUAAUUGCCAUAUUUUGGCAUAUAAGGUUCUUGUUGUUUUAACUAUGUACAAGGCUAUAUUCCUGAUGAAUUAAGCUACCCAUGUAGUUAAACCCAGGCAGACAUGUGGGCCAGGAUAGAUCUUGUCUAAUAACAACUAUUAUAGGAUAACUAUUUUAUUGUUUAUUAUAAUUAUCAUUAUUUAUUUAAUUUAUAUACCACCCUUCACCCAAAGAUCUUGGGACAGUAGCACAAAAUAAUUUAAACAAAAGCAACCCACCCACCCCCGACACACACUUAAAAGGAUGUAGAAUAUUAAUUAGCCAAAGGCUUGGUUGAAGAGGAACAUUUGCCUGGCAGCUAAAGAUGUAUAGUGAAAGUGCCAGACAAACCUCCCUGGGGAGAGCAUUCCACAAACAGGGAGUCACUGCCAAAAAUGCCCAUUCUCAGUGUUGCCACCUUCUGGACCUCUCUACUACCAAUUUAUGCCUUUCCCCUCUACAUAAAUCUCCCUUCGGUUUGAACAACCUGCAGUAAAAAAAACCCUAGUUAGUUCUUUUUACUCCAGCAGCUUUUUCAAAAGCUUUAAAAAGAUUUUCUUGAUAUAAUACAGAGGUGAGAAAUAUCUAAGGGGUUCCAUCGCUGGAUCUAUUUAACUAAGGGAUGCAUAAGCUUGUCUUGGUUUUGCUUGUGACUCUUCCUAUCUCUAUAGGGCUAUAAAGAAAGGGACUGAGUGGUGACAGUUGCUUUCAACUUAGCAACAACAUGAACUCUGGCCAAUUGCCCUUGAUGAAUAAUUAGUAACCCCUGAAUGGUGCUGGGAGUAACUAGCUGGGAAUGUAUAUGCUGCCAAAUUCUGCAUUGGCUGGAAUUUGGCAGCAGAAUUGAGUUCCUGCCAAUUUUGAGUCCUAGAAUGAACCAGGCACUUGCUGGAGUCUAUAGCACUUUACACCCCAGCUCUAAAUGGCUUCUUUGAUGUUGCAGGUUGUACCUGGAGAUGUGAUGACACUUUGGCUGAGUAGGUUUCAGUGCUAUGUAGUAUGGAUCGCAUUACUGAAGUGGGGUGUUUGUAGAUUUUUGACAAUGCUCCAUGCUGCUCCAGUACUCUUUGAAAUGAGGAGACUACAGAGCGGUUAUUUCUCAAGGCACAACUAUCUACUUCAGGUAUAAAUAAGGACUUUCUGAGUCCUUAUUUGAGUCUUUCUGGAUAGAUAUGAGAGGUGGGCGGGUGGAAAUGGAAACCACCGCACUUAGGUGAUGUAUGAACUAUACUCAGAGGUGGAGCUAGCUGCUCCAGCACCCGGAGCGGCGCACAGGCUGUGCACCCAGGGAUGGGGCUAGCGUCCCAGGGGGGUGCUGCCUGCGGCGAGCAACCCAGGGGACAGGACAGCAAUGUCACCCCCCCCAGGGAUGACACCUGGGGUGGACCGCACCCACCACACCCCCUUCCUCCGCCAGUGACUAUACUUAGUCACCCGCUGAUAAUUGCCACAUUCCUAUUUUUUUGCCUGAAAUGAUGGCGAUGACAAGUAUGACUAAUGCUAGUUGGUGUGGUGAAAAAUGCCUCCCCCCCCCCCAGGAAGCCACGUGCCAAAUGCUUCUAUACUUGCUCAACAUGAUAUCCAAGCCAGGCAUGUUUGUAGUGGAAGAUGACACAGAGGUUCAGUCCAGAUCUUGCAGGUUCAUUGUGCACCAAACCUUCAGAUAUGGCGUUAACAGCCUUUGGCAAUCUGUGUGUAGUGCAUAUAUUAUUGAUUCAAUUAAAAGCAAAGAGUAACAUAAGAUCUGAAGGGGGAAAGAACAAUGCAGGACCUUUUCUUUUUCUUUUACAAAAAUCUGUAGAACAGAGCAGUAAAAUAGCAGAAGUGGGAUUGGGAGGAGGGAAUUGGCAGCAAAAAAGCUACAGGCAGACUAAUUAUAAGUAAGGCAUAGCCUUGUGAGCAUGGCCAUGACUUUAAUAUAAUUAUAUAGUUUUAUAUAGAAAUCUAAGCCGUUUCCCGAUUUGUAAAGGCAGGAGUCUCUGGUGGCAUUGUGUUAGGAAACGAUGACAGGAACAGAAUCUGCAUCCUGUGGUUUUUGCACAUUACGGGAAUGUCCUGUCCUAUCUCUGCUGUCAGUUCUUGAUUGCACAACCCAGGGUUUUGAGAGAGACCAAAUUUGCUAUGAGGACUGGUCAGACUUCCUGCCAGUGCGUGACCAAUUGGGGAAGGAAAGCCUUCUGCUGAUCACACUUUGUGGUGUCCCAUAAGGAACUGACAUAAGAGAAGACUAUUUCCAGGCCACUUUCAGGGUGUGAAUCAUGCCCCUUGUUCAAUCACCACUUUCCUUGACAUUUGCAUGAAAAUGUGAUUAAGAUGUUGAGAGAACGUGGGGAUGCAUAUAUCCUUUUCUAUUUAUUCUAUCCUGAGCUCCUUUGGGUACACAUAAUCUCUUCUGUACUGUUGCUAUCUUAGAGUGGUAAACUUGCCCAUAGAAGAAUGGUCUUGUGUUGUGUGUGUAUGGAGACCUUUAAGCCACCUGGGCAUGUUGGCUGCUUGUCCUAGAUGCACCUCUCCUGUGGAAGUACUCUUUGUCUAACUUGCACAAGUUAUUGGUAACACUUUGAUGCAGUGACUCCUGUCAAAAUGCAAGGAAAUGCUCUUCAAAGGUCACUUCAAAGAUUCUUGUAGCCCUGAAAUUCUGAUUGCAUGAGUUCUAGCUGGUCAACUGGCCAUCCUGUUUGGUGCUGAUGGGAGUUGUAGUCCAACAACAUAUGGAGGAACACAGGUUCCCCAAUCCUGGUAUAAAAAAUGGAUGUGUAUGAACAGGAGCAACGACAGGACGUGGUAGAACGCAGCUCAGCUGUGGAUCCUUUCCUCUCUUUUAUCUUGAUGCCUUUUGAAGUGCAGAGUUGUGGAUUUUCAUUUACCCUCUUGUUGCAAAACUUUCCUGUUGGGUUAUGUGAGAAGUCAAAACGAAGGGAACUGUUUCCCUUUUUCUGGCAUCUCAAAAUCCUACAUGAUUAUGAGCAGAAGAGGUUUGGGAAGCAGACUAGACACCACCUGGAAAAAUUGGAGUAAACUGAAAACUGGGUUUGAUUUAUGUUUACCACUUGUGUGUGGCUAACUCUGACUUACUUCUUUUUAUAUCUACAGGAGAUGAAUUAAAAUGCAGCACACGACGUGCACAGAGGACAGGAUCCACCAUGCACUGGAGAGGUGCCUUCAUGGCCUCAGCAGAAGCACUUUCUCUGCUAGCACUUGGACUGGUAAGUGACUAACCCCAUCACCAUACCAGGAUGAUUUUUCUUUCCUCUUCAGUUUGUUACUGAAAUGCAUUUGGAUGCUUUCCCCCACUUUUUAGUGAUUCUUAUUGCAUUAGCAAUAUUUGUUCAUGUGUAGUCAAACUAUUAACCAAUGAAAAGGGAAGCAAUUCAACAUUUAAACAACAAACUGAUGUUAAUCCUCCUUACCCAAACUCUCUUGAUUUUUCCUCCUUCUAGUGAAAGUGCUUGAAAGCCUAACCAACCACCUGCUAGUAAAAAAUGUCUCAGAUGUUCCCAAAUAUUCUAGUAUCAGUAGAACAGUGGCCACAUUAGCACACUACACUAAGGCAAACCAUGGUUUAGUGCAAAUGCAGUAGCUCCCAAGGAAGAAUUUGCAGCUGCUCUGCUCCUCCCUGGGCUUUUUAGGUCAGCACAGUGCAGUAGCUAAGUCAAGGUUUGAUUUUGAACGCUGUGUGUCUCCUCCUUAACCAUGGCCUUAAACUAUAGGAGAUUGUGGUUGAGGAGGAGAAACCUUACCCACAAUGCUGGGUUUGGAAGACGUGCUAAGCCUAACCUUGGUUUUGUUGCUUUCCUCCAUUGACCUAAAAAGCAUGGGAAGAGGAGCCAAAUGAGCGCAUGUUGAUCUCCGGAAGCCAGUAUUCUCAUGUGGUCUUGCUAAGCUAUGCUCUGACUUACUGUGGUGUGGAAACCAGGCCAUUGCUCUUAGCUCUCGCCCCACAUGAUGGGACAUGUUUUCAGAAAGAAAUCUGAAGCUAACUGGGUCUACGCAGCUAUGUUGCCAGUUUACUGAUUUGAAAUCCUCAUCCUACAGCCUCAAUUUUUAAUUUUCAACAUGGCUUUUAUGGAUUGUGGGGUGGGUUUUUUUGAGCCUCAAAAUUCUUGAUUUUUGCUUCAACCUCUUUCUUACAACAGAGUGGAGGGCAGGAAGAUAUUUGGCGACAUUUACACCAUGCAACACUUAAAGUGCUGCGAUACCACUUGAUGCAGUGGAAGGCAGCUUAAUAGGUUCACAUUUUUAUAUUGGCCUGCUCCAGGGUUUGGUGGGCAUGGAGUGGGGCAUGUGCAGCUCACACGUGGAGCUGUGGUGGUUAUAGCAUCUCAGUAAUGUUUCACAGCAAUUGCUGGUUGCAAGCCAUGAGCUGCCCUUGCCUUUCAGAGAACUGAGAGAGGAAAUGCUAACCAUCAAUGCCACCCUACGCAGGCAGCACUUGCUGGAGAAGGCAAGCAGUCCUCAGAAGAGAACUCACUGUUUCUGUUCCAAGAAAAACAUCUCUUGAAGCUCAUCUUAAGCUGCCAGCCGCAAAUGUGGGUGCUGCUGCCACCCAACUUUUUUUAGCUGUGCUGCUGCAGUGUGUUGCCAUCUGGAUACAGCCUUGCAGUAUCAAUUUCCUCUGUUGCUGAUCUAGCACUAUUUUGCUAAACCAGAGCGGGAGGACCAAGGUAACAGAAGUUAAGGAAGAGACAGCAAGGAGUCUAGCUAGCUGUUCUGGAAUUUGCCUUCCAUGCUGACCCUGCUAUGAUGAUGAUGAUGAUGAAUACAAUAAUAAUUGAAUUAAUACCCUGCCCUUCCCCCUAAGGAGCAAACAGAGAAGCAAACAGAUAAACAAUUUACAAACAAAAACAAAGAAAAAACAGAUCGAAACAUUCUAAAAGCAAUUAUAAUUUAAAACCUCUAAACACAAGUACAAUUAACAACUUUCUAAAAGCAAUUACAAGUAACAGCUGCAUCCUUGCAAUUAUCUUGAGGUUGCCAAGUUACUAGGCCCUUAUCUACCAUUUAGAUUCUUAUUCUCUAAUACUUAACCCCCCCCCAUAGCUCAAGGUGGGACACAUGCUUCUCUCUCCACCCCCUCCAUUUUAUCCCUACCACAACCCUGUGAGGUUGAUUUAAACUGAGAGACAGUGACUGGCCCAAGGCUACCCAGCUAGCUUCAUGUUUGAGUGGGGAUUUGAACCUGGGUCUCCCCAGUCCUAACCACAUUAACCAGUAUGCCACAGUGGUGCCCAUCCCUGUGUGGUUUGCACACACUGCAUCAGUGUGUGUGUGUCUCUUUCUCUCUUUUAAUCCUUCCAUGCAGGACCAGCAAUUUAACCACGAAGAUUCAAAAGAGAUGCAAAACUUUGCCACAGAUCCUGUAGCAGGAAGAAGAUGGGGAGUAGUAUUGUCUAUGGGCUGCAAUGGCUCUUUGCUUUUACUGCUUCACCUCAGGGACUCAAUGAAUUAUGUAUAUUAUGGAUUGCUUAUAUUAUUUGGACAUGUUGCCAUAGGAAAUAUUGAGGCAGCUCUACCCUAACAGUUAAUGCACAUGAUUUGUUGGAAAUGUUGCAGGCUAAUGAAUUAACCCCAACUGGGAAUAAUUGGUGUAGGUCAAAAAUACAUUGUUUCCCUAAUGCUGUAUUCCAGGUUGUUCUUAUCCCUACUAGGGUGGUAAAUGCAUUUUCUCUCUUGAAGAACUGGAUCCACAUAGUAGGUGACUACUGAGAAAGAAAGCUCAUGACUGUAUCUUUUUUUUAAAAUAACUCCACACACAUCUCGUAUCUUUCAUUAUGGUCCAUGAAUCUCUUUCAUUUUGCCUAUAUCCCAUCUAGCUCAAAAUUGCAAUGAACAUCUGUCUUCUGCAAUUAGGACACUGAGUGCUCUGGAAUUCAUUCCAUGCUCAGAACGUGACCUGUUUCUUCAUUUUUUGGCAGCUGGGCUUUGUCUGAAUUGUUGGAGUCUCCAGGAGUUGGUCAGUCGUGAUGCAGGGAACUACCUCAUCCUUCUGGAGAAAAUCUUGCAAAAGACCCAAGAGGUAAAUCAAAGAGGGCAAUAGGAAAGAAUAUUUGUACAAAGGGAGUUCUUGCUCAGUCUGAUGCGCUCUGUCUCUCUCUAAGAAUCUGGAAUACCUUUAGUACAAAUAAGAAUGAAAAGUAGCUGGUUGCUUUGUGUAUCAGCCCAGCUUGCUGCUGAUUUCAGUUUGCCUUUGACCAAGUUCUUUCUUUUUUUUAAAAAUAAUAUUUAUUACUUUUCCAACAAUUUAGACACUACAAAUAAUACAAUACAAUACAAUACAAUACAAUACAAAAACACUACAUAACACUAACAGUAACAGUAACACUAACACUAACAAACACUAACACUAACACAUUAAAGACAUUAAACUAACAAAACAAAACAAAACCAGUUUAAAACACAUCAAAUAGUUUCAAUAUCUUAUCUUUCAUUCACUUAUUUCAAUGACCUCCUCACACCUCCCUUUUUGUAUUCCACUUCUAUUAAUUGUUUCAGCAAUUCCUUUCCAUCUUCCUCUGCUUUCUAUCCUUUAAUUAUCUUAUCAGAUUCUAACCUUAUUUUUCCCUUUAAUACUCUAUUAAUCUAUUUGUACUUAAUUCCUUAUAACAUUUCUACUAAAGCCAUAUAACUUCAUUCCAACAUUUUUCUAACAUUCAUUAAUUUUACAAUAUUUCUGUAAAAAAGUUCUAUGCUCUGCUUGGUGUUUCAACAUGUUAAAACAAUUUAAAGCAAGAGAGUAGAUGCACACAAUACCUUGCAACGGGAGUACUUCUUUCCAAAAUGGCAUCAGCAUGUCCUGGAGGAAGUCGCUAGUUUUUGAGGCCAUUUGUAACUCAUUGCUCUGUAUGUUGGAAACAGAAUCUGGUGUUUAAGUCAGUUUGUCACUAACAGAAUUGCUCCCCCCCUCCUUUUGCACCCUGGGAACCCACACAUAAGAGGGUAUGUCCCACUUUUUAAAUGUUUAGUAUUUUACAGGUAAUAAUAAACCAAGCAAUAAUCCCACCCCCAUCCAACCAACCUGCCCCUGCACUUGAUGUUGGUUGAAUCCUGCUUGGAGUCAGCCAUGUCUUAAGGGUACCGACAAGGAACCUGUGGCCCUCUAGAAAUUCCACCAUCCCUGACCAUGUUGGGUGAGGCGGAUGAAAGUUGGAGUCCCUGGAGGGCUUCAGGUUCCUCACCCCUUUUUUAGAGUGAGGUAUCCGUAUAGUUAAAGCUAUGGUUUUCCCAGUAGUGAUAUAUGGAAGUGAGAGCUGGACCAUAAAGAAGGCUGAUCGCCGAAGAAUUGAUGCUUUUGAAUUAUGGUGCUGGAGGAGAUUCUUGAGAGUCCCAUGGACUGCAAGAUCAAACCUAUCCAUUCUUGAGGAAAUCAGCCCUGAGUGCUCACAGGAAGGACAGAUCCUGAAGCUGAGGCUCCAGUACUUUGGCCACCUCAUGAGAAGAGAAGACUCCCUGGAAAAGACCCUGAUGGAAAGAUUGAGGGCACAAGGAGAAGUCGACUACAGAGGACGAGAUGGUUGGACAGUGUUCUCAAAGCUAUCAGCAUGAGUUUGACCAAACUGCGGGAGGCAGUGGAAGACAGGAGUGCCUGGCGUGCUUUGGUCCAUGGGGUCACGAAGAGUCGGACCCCAUGGACUAAACAACAAUCUGGCCUCAGCAGCAGUCUCUGGGAACUUUUGAAGGACAGCAGUUUGCCAGUUACUUUGUUUUGCACAUUGCUGCGAGGAAUGGGCACAAGACACCAUUUGUAUUACUUCUCCCCGCUUCCUCCCCACCCUGCAACAGAAUGUCUUGAGCCGGUGUUGAUCUUGUUGUUUUAUGUGGCAAUGCAGGUACUGUGCAUGGGAUCCUAUGGGAUUCAGAGUCCUUGAGCACCAUAGGUUGACUUGAGCCCAGCUCCGCUCUCUGUUAUGCUGGAUCUGGAGGUUUGAAUUUUACUGCUGGGAAAAAGAGGACAAUGAAUGAGUUAGAACACCUGGGUCAGCAACUGUCAGAGUCAAGUGGAGAUUUCCUACUUCCUGCUCUGUGCAACACCUCCCCAUUAGGGAGCAAUUGUCUCUCACAUGGCAGAAUGUUGGGAGCUGCUUGGCAGGCUGAGCUCCCUGCCUCCAUUGUUUCCCAGCUAUUGUGAUGGCAGGCCAGUGGGGAAUUGAGGAAGGGAGACCCCAGCUUGUGGCAUGCAAAAGGCUUUCCAGGACUCUUGUUUGCAACAGGGUCACAGCAAGGUUGCUGCCCAGGAAAUGAAUGUAGCAGGUUUUCCUGUGAACCCGUUCGUUAGAAGCUGUUUCCCCCCGCCCUUUCUUUUUAAAUUGUUGUCAGACAGUAUAACUUCCUGGUGGGUUUGGUUUUUUUUAAAUGAUAUUUAUUAAAAGUUUAAAAAUUACAGAAAAAGGAAAAAAGGACAACAAUAUAAAAGAAAAAAAAGAAAACAUAGAAAAGCAAUACAACAAUACAGCAAAAAGAAACAAAAAAAACUAAAACACACAUCCAAUAUUCCAUAUCUUUACCUUUCCUUUACCUGUUUCAUCGACCUCCUCACCCCUCCCUUUUUUUGUAUUCUAGUUCAAUUCACUAUUUCAGCAAAUUCUUUUCAUCUUUCUCAAUUUUUGUUCUAUAAUUUAUCUUAACGGUCUAACCUUAAAUUUUUUCAUUUUGGCCCGUUUUCAAUCAGCUUUUACUUAAUUCUUUGUUACAUUUCUACUAAAACCAUAUAGCUUCAUUCCAGCAUCCUUCUAACACUCAUUAAUUUUACAAUGUUUCUGUAAGUAUACUUUAAAUUUUUUCCAAUCUUCUUCCACUGACUCUUCUCCCUGGUCUCGGAUUCUACCAGUCAUUUCCACCAGUUCCAUGUAGUCCAUCAGCUUCAUCUGCCAUUCUUCCCUGGUGGGUAGAUCUUGCGUCUUCCAAUGCUUUGCAAUAAGUAUUCUUGCUGCUGUUGUAGCGUACAUAAAGAGAGUUCUAUCCUUCUUUGGCACCAAUUGGCCGACCAUGCCCAGGAGAAAGGCCUCUGGUUUCUUCAGAAAGGUAUAUUUAAAUACCUUUUUCAUUUCAUUAUAGAUCAUCUCCCAGAAUGCCUUAAUCUUUGGGCAUGUCCACCAAAGGUGAAAGAAUGUACCUUCAGUUUCAUUACAUUUCCAACAUUUGUUAUCGGGCAGAUGGUAUCUUUUUGCAAGCUUGACUGGUGUUAUGUACCACCUAUAAAUCAUUUUCAUUAAAUUCUCUUUUAAGGCAUUACAUGCCGUGAACUUCAUACCAGUGGUCCAUAACUGUUCCCAGUCAGCCAUCAUAAUAUUAUGUCCAACAUCUUGUGCCCAUUUAAUCAUAGCAGAUUUCACCAUUUCAUCUUGAGUAUUCCAUUACAACAGCAAGUUAUACAUUCUUGACAAAUUCUUAACUUUAGGGUCUAACAAUUCUGUUUCCAACUUUGAUUUUUCCACCUGGAAGCCUAGUUUUUUAUCCAAGUUAUAUGCCUCCAUUAUUUGAUAAUAAUGGAGCCAAUCUCGUACUCGGUUUUUUAAUUUUUCAAAACUCUGCAGUUUCAAUUUGUCACCCUCUUGUUCCAAAAUUUCCCAAUACUUCGGCCAUUUGGCCUCCAUAUUGAAACUUCCUGGUGGGUUUAAUGGAGGCCCUGCCCUGGCUAUUCUGAGGAAAUUUUGGCCUAAAAAUAGUCUUGUGGCUCAACAUGCAAAAAUCUGCAGCAGGUGAGAGCCUGCAAGAAGAAAAUGUACUGCACUUGGGGGUAUAAUGUGCCACAGCAUCAUUAUAGGGCCUUGCAAGAGCAGAAAGGGCCGUAGAGGGGUUGUUCCCCUCUUCAGGGAGCUAACCACCUCUCUUCCUUCUCUAGGAGAUACUUCAGUUAUAAAAAAAUAAAAUAGUAAUAAUAAAUAAAAUGAUAGUGAUAGAAAUAAUAAUAGUAAUGAGCAGGAUGCACCUAAGUUGUUUUGUUCACAGACCAAGGUCCCCUUGUGCAAUCGGACUUUCCCUCUCCACCCCCACCCGCUGGUGCCCCUCUGCAACCACUAAAUCUGCUCUGGAGGGUUGGGGGAACCCCAGAACAAAUUUAGGAGGCACAUGUGAGGAGGAGUGCGGGAAAGUCUUCUUGAGCAAGUGGACCUAAUUCUACUCAUGCAAUGCCCCACUUAGCCCUACGCUGAGUUCCACGUAAUAAAAAACCCCAAAACAAAUUAGUAUGAUUAGUAGUAGCAGCAGUAUUCAGAGCCCUACAUUUUAAAGUGGAUGAUUCUCUCUACUGGCUGAGCAGUCUGACUAUUGCUUUCCAGUGGCUUACGUAAGAAAACCGCAGCAUAAGAAAUUUGACCUGGAGAUCUUGAUAUCAAUUUACCUGUGCUGGGGUGAUACUGAGACCCUGUCACGCAGCCUCUGUUGUAUUUUGUUGUGCAACUUGCAGCUGUUCUGACUAAAGAUGCAAAUAUACCAUGUUUGGUUGCUGAAAUGCUGCUUGGUUUCUCUUCUUGACAAAGAGGAACUGUGUGAGAACUUCCCCCUCUUCUCUCUCUCUCUCUCUCUCUCUCAGCUUACCCAAUGAUAUUCUACCACGGGAUCCAAAAAUACCAUAUUGUUAGGAAUGUUUACUAAGGUGUGCCAGGCACACCUUCUAUAUACAAAAAGGGAAAUACAGAAAAAAAUUGUUUAGAAUGGCUAGGAAAUCAUGACACUCUUCUGAAAUGUGAGGGCCAUUUGGAGAAGGUGAUUGAAGAACCCAAGAAUGAUGUGACUGGGCUCAGAGUCACCAUGGAGGAGUGACUUGCCACUGCAACAAGUAACACCUGUAGAGUAGACUUUACCUAGAGAGAAGCAAAUAACAAUCUUAUCAAGUCACACAUCAAUUCCCCUCCAAAGCUUCCAGGUGAUUGGUUUGGGUAGCUUUUCUUUGAGUAGUUUUACCAGAAUCUCACUUCCCUCUUGUGCUUUCUUUUCUUCCUCUGCAGGUCCAAGAGAAAUGCAACUAUGAUCUCUUUGCUCCGCUGGCUCUGCUCUUCAGCUCAGCUGUCAUGUCUGUAAGUUGUCCCAGCAUUGCUGGAAUGAAUAGCUGAAGGCAUUGGCUCUGUGGCUGUUAAAGUUGACAAGAAAACCUUUUGUUUUUGUUUAAAAAAUUAUAUCCAGCUUUUCACCAUGUAGGACUCAAAAGAGUUCACAGCAAUUCAUACAUACAAAAUUAAAACAUAGAUUAAACUUUGAGUUUCCCUACUGACUCAGGUCAACCUCUGUAUUCCUGAUUUUUAGGAGAACCAUUGGUAGUUGGGAUAUUUUUAUCUAGCUAGAUACUGACUGCUGGUUUACACAUGCAUGCUCAUUGUGUGCUGACUUGUAACACUGACUGAUCGGUUUCAUCACCACCAAAGAGCUUCUGUCUCACCUGAUGUCAAUUAUUGGUACACUUCAACAGAGGAAGUUCUAACUGUUGACUGCAAAUUGAGUGCUGCAAGGAUCCAUUGAUGAAUUCUAUAUGUGUGUGAACCCCCCCCAAAAACCCCUAUUUAUUUGUUCUGUUUCUUUAUAUGACUAACAGCAAAGUCAAAUUACACUUUGGAUUUCACCUUGAUGCUUUGCUUUCCUCUGUGUUUGAUGGUGGUGUGUGCACAUCUUUUGGGGCUGUCACUCAAAGCAUUCAGCACUGUUGCUCAGCAGGGGAAACUUGAACUUGAGCCCAUGUAGCAUCAGCCCGUCUUCUUUUUCUCCAAUGGCUUCCUUGGCGGGAGGGGGUGAUUUUGCUGAAUGAACUUAGAUCACAGCGCUGGCAGCUGAAGCUGGUGGUGGGAAAUGUGCAUGGUUAAAGUUGCUGAAUUCCUAUAUCUGGAAGAAGAUAAGGAGAUGCUGGCCUCCAUUUCUUGGUCUAUUUAUACCACUGCUAUUUUCUUUAUAGACACCACACUUUCCUUCAGAGUCAGAUUUCCUUCUGAGAGCCAUGAGGACAUACCAAGACUUCCUCACCUGGCCUGUGCCAUACUGCAAUAUCUGCCAGGAGCUCCUGACCUUCAUCAGCAAUGAACUCAAAGCCCCAGGUAGGGAUCCAGAUUGUCUGCUCCCAGCAGGGUUCCUUCAGCCCUCUGUGGUGCUGACUCUUCCUUCCUGGGGUGGGGUGUGUGCUUGGUGUUGAUGAAUGUCUGAGAAACCUAAAGUUGCACCAGUACAUUUAUGGGCCAUAUAGGCAUUGAAGCUAACACUGUGCUAUGAACUGGAGUGGGCUGCAUACAUCGUGGCAAGGGUUAUUGCCACCAAUGCAAUUAUAGUCAAUACAGUGAUCCUGAAAGCUGAUUUUUAAAACACUCGUAGCCAUAUGUGUUCAUGUAGAGGCACUCUCUACAGCAAACACAACAUUUUUGGAGGGUGUUUCAUGCACAUGCCUAUAUGAGUGUGGUGGCUUCAUCCCACACCAUAAGCCUGCUGGCAUGCUGCAUGGUGUGCAAAUGGUGCCAGCACAUUGGGUAAAAGCAUUAAGGCUGUAUCCUGAUGAAAGAAGCUUACUCAGUGCUUGCAUAUCAACAGUAUUGGUUCUGAAACAAGAUGCAUUACAGACCAUAUUGGAUGGAUUAUUUACACAAGGCCCAUCAAAUAAAAGUUAAUAGAAUCAUAGAACUGUAGAGCUGGAAGGGACCCCAGGGGUCAUUUAGUUCAACUCCCUGCAAUGCAGGAAUUUCAGCUAAAGCAUCCAAGGCAGAUUUGUUUAGUCAUUUAUAUUACUUUCAGAGAAGAAAGCACUUUAACCUGCCGAGGGAAAUCCAGGUGGGCUGAUGGACUGUCCACAUCUGAAAUAAAGCCCCAGCACACAAAAGUGUAUGCUACUAUAAAUCUCUUAAUCUGGAAGGUGCCACUCUUGUUUUAGCAUUUUAUAUCAGGGGUGGGAAUGUUUUUCUUCCCAAGGGCAAAAUUCCCUAGAUGGCAGCCUUCUAAGGGCCAUAUACUAGUGCUGGUAAAAGUAGGCAGGGCCAGAGGUGAAAAGAAAGAAGAAACAAAGUGUGGAACAAGGAAUGUAGUGUCAACCUUUGGACAGUAGGCUAGAUUUCAGCCAUGCAGUAUCUCAGUUCGAGGACACAUUCCAGCUAGGGUAGUAUCUUCCUGUAGGGAUUAAGAAUGGGAGUACAGUGGUUUGUCUAAGGUUCCCCCUUCUGAAGUAGGAUUUGAACCAGAGGCUGGAGAGCUCCUGUCAGUACUCUGACCUUUUAUAAGCCCAUGGUUUCCACCCAAGGAUAGAACGUUUCUUGUGCAAAGUCAUUUGCCUGGCACAAUGGAUGUGGUUGCACUCCAUUGCUCUCCUACCCUCCAGCUUCACUUGAAAGGGGAUGAAUGGCUCAUCGAAAUGCUCCAGUAACAACAGAGAAUCCAUUCAGGUAGACUUGGACUUUGAAUGGGUAACUGUGUCAGAUAAUUUCCAUAUGAUACACUGGGACUUCUGGUCUCUGCUCGUGAACUAUGGUGCAGCCUCUGCUUAAUGAGCUUAGACUCUGCUCCCAUUGAUUAUCAGCACUCAUAAGGGUUCUUAAAGUUUAUGCAGUGGAAGCUUCUUAAUUAGGCCAUGCUGGCAGCCAGCCUUCUGUUACUCCUCAUUAAGCAGUUUCCCCAAUUAAAUGGAGAGGCUUUCUUAGAAAGUGCCUGGGUGCCCAGCAUUGUGUUUCAACCUGCAACAGAUUCAGUGUCAGAUCUACCUUGGAAGAGCCUAUUAAUGCCAUUAGAGGUGAAAUACAGGGUGUCUCUUUUUCAUUUCCUCAUUAAGGCUGCCAGUUCCUUGCUUUUGCUAUAAGACUUUAAGUAAAUCAUCACAGUUUAAAUUGAACUAUUGGAGUUCUUAGGAAAGCUGAAGUUUGAGAGAGUUCAGUAUGCUUUCUCAUUAUGCAGUGCCUGCAAUCGUUAAUCUGAUUUAUCUGUCAAAUGCCCGAGGGUGCAAACAUCCAGGGGCCCAGUAGCUACUGGUGCCUUAAAAAACAGAUGCCUCAUCCACACCAUGCAUUUAAAGCAUGUGGUUUCCUUCCAAAGAAACCCUGGGAACUGUACUUUGUUAAGGGUGCUGGGAAUUGUAGCUCUGUGAGGUGUAAACCUUGGAGACACCAUGCACUUCAAAUGUAUGUUGCCAAUGUGAAAUGGGCCUAGUUACUAUCUUAUUGCUUCCUUGCAAACCAUGUGACCACACGCAAUGGAGAGUUUUCGAGUGGGUAAGUAAGAAUUGCUCUGUGGGGUGCAUGUCCUUCAGCUGGACUGUUUCAAAGGGGAGAAGCUGCACUGGAAAUGGGUAGAAUAUUUGUGGAACAUGGAAGAACUGUUGGAGUAGCGGACGUCACAUAGGUAGUACUUUCUCAAUGUGCAAUGGCUAGAGACAGAAUUGCACAGUGGUGAAUUAUUGAAAGCAAGCAGUAGCUGAGCACUCUUAAACAGGGGAAUGCAAAACUUUCCAAUUCCAUUGGUGGACUGACUUGAAGCUAUCUUUCUCCAAGGCCGAGAGAUUUGGAAAGGUGCUCUAAGCAUUUUGCUCACCUUGCAUGGUGGAUCCUUCAGCCCAACAGAUUUGCUGAGAGGCAAUUGGCCUGAUGGGUUGUUUCACUGCUGCAAGCAAAUUGUAUAUGCUUUCUUUCUUUCUUCUGCAUAGCUCUACACAUUUGGGGAAAUCAAUGUUGGUAAAAAAAACACUGUGUGUCAAACUGUUUGGGAGUUAGACCCUAUCCAAGAAGAUAAUGGUGAAGAGUGGUAUUCAAGCUGAAUUCCUUCUUUCAUUCACCCCCAUCCCCGUGGGGUUCACCUGUCUCUUCCACCUGAGCCCACCAGUUCUGUGAGGUCUCAGUGAGAAGUGGAUGCCACCUCUGUGUUUUAACAACCUUCUCUUUCUUUUAACAGGGAUUUCAUUUCAAAGGCUGGUUAGGGCAGAGCAGGGUCUGUCUGCAAAGAGCUGUGAGAGUUCCAUUGUGUAAGUAUCAUGCAGGAAUCAUGACUGCUUUCUGUGGGUUAGGAAAGGGAAGGAGCUUUGUGGGAUAUUGUUCUCCUUUAAAUUUCCCAGGGCCUCCUGUUGCUCAGGGCUUGGCUUGUACCAGGGCUCAGCCGCAGCAUUUAUUUCAGGUAACAGAGGAAAUCCUUAGACUAUAUGAAGGAAGGAUAAAUGAAACAGUCCCCUGAGUAUGCAGAGUGACUUUCCAUCACUACUGAGUAGCUGUGAAACCCCCCAGACAAGAGAUAUGGCUCCCAGACCAGUGGUGGUGGGGUGACUGUAGGCAGGCUUGAGACCUGGCAGAUCGUAGGUCCCAGCUGCACUAGCAGAAUCCUGCCACUUAAACAGCCAUGGCUUCCCCUAAAGAAUCAUGGGAAUUUUGGUUUGUUGUUAGGAGGUCUCUGUUCCCUUCAAAUAGGUACAGUUUGGGAAAGGAGUGUGGAUGGUGGGAUCAUAAUGGAUACGUACAGGAUCAGCCCAGACUCUGAAGUGACCUGUGUUUGACCCUAAAUUGAUGUGUGUCUGCUGAGGUGUAGACAAGUCUAUAACUGCCCCUUUUCAAUCUACCACCCCUUCAGACAUGAUAUGUUUAUGGUUAACAGUUGUUCAUGGAUAGGGAGGGCUAGUUGUAGAUUAUGAUUAUUUCUCUGCAGUCUUGUAACUGCUAGAUAUCUCAGCAAUGCCAGGCUAUGUUUUCUAAGCACACUGGUUCAUAGAAGCAGUUCCACAUGAAAGGGGAGUGGGUGUAGAAAAACAGAAAAACUGUGCCAUCUGCUGGUGCUUUGAUGUGAAUUAAUUGAAGUAUGGAGUCACUGCAUGUUUUCUCCUGCCCUCCAAUAGCUCAUAGAUUAUGAAAGUGAUCUGUGGCCCCAGGCACAGAUAAACGUUGAGUCUCUCCAUUUCUGAGUUGGGCUUUUAACAGCUUGCCGUCCUAUUGCCUCUUCUCUCUUACCUAUUCCCCACCCCCACAGAACAGUCCUGUUGCUGAACCCUUCAGAAGUUGACGGAGAGUUUCUCUCAGUCGCUGAAAAGUUGAGCACAGCAGAGCACUCCCAGCACACGGUACUGGUGACACUCCUGGAGCACAUCUACCAAGCUAACUUUGGGACCAAAUGUGACCUGCCAAGACUACGUGAAGUUCUCAAGGUAGGGAAAGCUAUGUGGCCUGGGGCCUUGGAUGCAUAGUUCUGUGGAAUGAUUACUGAUCGAUUCUUAAGUUCCAGGAGUUUUCAGUCUUGAAGAAGCAGACAUUUUGAUGGCAAAUGAAUCAAAACUGGCAUAGCUAAGAAAGUGGCUUGGGUCAAAUGGUGAGAGAAGGAAGGAUACUGAAUAACUUGCCUCGCAUUGUUUGCAGGUUCAGGAAGUAGAUUGGUUUUACCCCAAAAACCACAGCAAUUUUUUUUCUCUCUGUGUGUGUCCUUGCAGCACUGCAGGAUAUUUACUUAAACUUAAAUCCUCCUGCCUAAACUGUGUGAUCCUGUUCCUUGCUCAGAAAGGGCAGCACAGCGCAUGCAUCAUGGUUAAACUCUGUCCUCCCAUCCUCCCACCUGUUGUAUAUUGUGUAGUGUGUGAAAUGGAUGCUAAGAUACCAGAUAGAUCUUCUGCUGACUGUUCCCUCUCUCCCUCCACCCCCCUCUCUCUCUCCAGCUGAAACCUUUAGAAAAGCUCAUGGAGAUAUUUGCCAGCACCACAGAAGCUCAGGAGCUGGCAGCUGCCACCAGCAAUGACCUUUCCAUGGCUAAGGAGCAACUAGAAUCUGCUUUGCUGGAGAUUGCAAAGGCAGCUGGGCUGCCUGAAAUUACAGGUGGGAAAUUAUUAGGGCAGUUUCUUCCUUGGGGUGUGGGUGGGCAUGUUUGGAUGUGGUCAGUUCCAUACCAUCCUGAAGGAGCAUGUUGCAGUCCUAACCUCUGGUUGCUUGUCUCUUUAGGGGAAGUCCAGCAUUGUAAGCUCCACUUGAUCCCCAUCCCUGUUGCCCGGUGUUACACCUACAGAUGGGAUAAGGAUAACUUUGGUAAGCUUGGAAACAUGUAAGCAAGUUUGGCUUGAUUCCAGGAGAUGUUCCUUGGCCCCAUCAUGGCUUCCCAUGCACAGCUGUGUAUGUUUCUUUCCCCCAAGCAGUGAUAAUCCUGGCAACAUCAGCUGUGAUCUAGUGGGACCCUUGUGCCCUACUACAACUCCAAAUCUAAAGGCUGAUCUUUCAGUGGGUGCUAUUAGAGCAGAGCGUAUAAAAGCAAUCUCAAGUUUAAAAGCAAUCUCCUUUUCUAUUCCUAAUUUUGCACCUCUGUCCCUUUUGCAGACAUCUUGAAUGAGGUACUAGACAAAGAGGGGCACUUUCCAAAGCCUGUGGUUUUGGAAGAUGAGGAGGAGGAGGAAGAAGAAGCUGAUGGCUACUGUCCAGAAAGAACUUCUCUGUUGACUUCCCUGGCUGCUGUCUCCAAGGAAUCUGUGUAUUCCGUAUUGUCGGAAGUCAGUCCCCGUGACUCGCAGGCACCAGUCCUCUCCACCCUUUCCAAAGACUCUGAGCUCUUGUUGGCCUCUAAAAACUCCUUGAAGACUUUUGUCUCUAGCCUGAAGGACUACACAGACAGUGGUUAUGUGGAGGACAGUGAUGACAGCUCCCUUGAGCCGAUUGGCCGCCUGGAUCCAAAGGAGGAGAAGGCAUCUCCCAGGCACCGGUAUCGCCUGAGCAACAGGAUAAUCAAGCUGUUCAAGAGCAAGAGCCAGCUCAUCCUGGGCAGGGAAUUGCGGGACGUUUCUGAGGUGGCGUCGCUUUCACUGCCGCUGCGCCGAGCCGAGAGCCUCUACAACCCCGUGGUCAAAGAGCGCAUCCCUACACGCUCACGGCGUGCACACUCUCUGCCGCAGCAUGCACUGAGCGCCACGCUUUUCCAGACCCGUGUGCCGCAGAAUGCCUGUGUCCAGCGCAGGCCCUUCCUGAGCUGCGACGAGGACACCAAGGUCUCAACGCUGCGGGUGGUCGUGUUUGGCUCCGACCGCAUCUCUGGGAAGGUGGCCAGGGCUUACAGCAAUCUUAAGUGAGUGGCAGAACAGCCUGCUGGCGAUCUCCUCUACUUGCUGAGUCCCUGUUAAGGAAUCUGCUGGCAGACACGGGAGGGAUUUCCUCUUAACAUCCUGCUUACCUACAUUUGGCCCAAGGGGGUGGGUGAUAAGGUCACCUCUGGAGUUUCACAUCACACCAUCAAUUCAUAUCCUAUCUUACCCUUUCAUGCCACCUUUCAUGCCACCUUUCAAUUCAUAUCCUAUCUUACCCUUUCAUGCCACUAUGCCAUGGAAAUGGUCUCCGAAAUGGGUUCUGAGCUCUGCAGUAUGCCUAAUUACUACAAUAUUGUACCCUUCUUUUAUACCUUUGAUGGAUGCUAGCAGACUGUAGCAGAGGGGUGGGGAACUGGUUCUGUCUGGAUCCAUAUCCCCUUCCCAUGGGCUGAGUUUGAUAGGUUGUCAUGACCACCCAUGUGUCAAUCAGCUGAAAUUGCAAUGUUGUCAGGUGAACCAGUUUUGCCUGCUGGGUUUCAGAUCAAACCAUGUGAUCAAAGGCACAGAGUUCUGUAAGCCCUGGUGACCCAGUGUAGGGCAGGUGGAUGUGACUUGGACAAAUAGGGAGGCUUGUUGGGAUUAGUUAGGGCUGUGGACUGAAGACUGUAGCAAGGUGGUCUCCAUCUCACUGUUUUCCAUGUGUCCUAUUCAUUCGCUGCAGAUCUCAGGAAAGCAGCUGCCCCUGGCUAACUCGGUACUUCAAACUGCAGUUUUACUAUGUCCCCGUGAAGAGGAGUGGCCCUACCUCAUCUGCACUGACCUACCCUCCUCCUUCUCCAGGAGAUCCACAUUCCCGUGCCUGUGGAUCAAUGGUAUGCAUUUGGGGAAUGGCAGGCUUCCAGGGGGCAUGUUCCAUUAUGCCAAGAGGCACAAUAUCUUCACUUUUAGCUAUUACUGGUGCUUGUUGGGUGCCUUCUGUUGGAAAGAACCUUCUUGCAUUAUCUGAGAUAGUGGGGAUAGCCUGGCUUGUGUGCCUUUACCCUAAGAAUCAAGAACCUUUCACAGCAGGAAUUUCAGCCUUGAUCUCUUUGGAUGUUGGGAGCAAUUUGGGCAUCCUCUUGCUAUGGUUCUGGUAAGACCUGGCCAUCGAUAGCAGCAAGCUGGCUAAUGGGCUAUGCUUCUUUCUUUGAUUUUCAGGAUCCUAGUUUGGCAGGGGUGGAGAGCAGCACAAACGAUAUCUCGGUCUACAUUGGUAUGCUGGAUCCAUGGUACGAGCGCAAUGUUCUUGGGCUAAUGAACCUUCCCACAAAUGUUCUAUGCCAGGUAGGUCCUGAACUAUAUACUGCUUAAAACAGCAGUGCUCUCUCUUUUUGUAAGAUCCAGGCCUCAUGGUGUAGCAGUGUCCUAUGAGCUUACACUCAGUCAUCUCCCACAUCCUUUGAGCUUAGGUGCUGGGUCAGUGUGGGUCUAGCUGCCCACUCACUGAUGUUGCCAUCAUCACCCACCAACUCACCAGCUAUUGCUGUUGGUGCUGGGUUCCUAUGGGGCUGUAUGGAGCACUCUCCCCAUCUACAUGUACAAGAAGGGAUCCUUCUUCAAAGCAAAGCACUGAAGAUAAGGCAGCUGCUGAGAAUGCUUAUGCUAUUCUCAUUUUUUCUGCAGUGGUUGGCGAUUCUGUUUUUAAACAGAAUUGUUGUGACCAAGCGGUGCACAUUUUCAGGCAAAUAGCCACAGGGUACUCAAAUAUUGACUCCUCUCUUGCUCUUGAAGGGUGCCAGAGCUCAGUGGUAGAACACCUGCUUUGCAUGAGGAAAGUCAUGGGUUCAGUCCUCAGCAAGUCCCAGGGAGAGAUGCCUGUCUGAAACCCUGGAAAACCAGUGCCAGUGAGUUUAGACAACGCUGAGCUAGAGAGACCAAUGGUCUGACUUGGGAUAAGGAAGUUGCUUAUGUUGCUGAAGAAAGAGUUACUAUAGAGUAGGUUCUGCAGUUGAAUCACCAGGGCAUCCUUGGCCUAGACCUGUGUGUGUGAAUGAGUGGUUUGUUCACUUUUUGCUCUUUCCAUAGCAAUCUGCCAAACCUGAGGGUGAGCCCCUAGAAGAUACAGCAGAGCAGCUCCCCAUCCUUGCUGACAUGAUCCUUUAUUACUGUCGUUUUGCUACCCGCCCAGUGUUGCUGCAGGUCUAUCAGGUAGAGGUGAGUUUGGUCCUAAAGCCCCAUGGGAUUGGCCAAGCAGCUAAAGACUCUCUUUUAUUUGCUGGAGAGAUGAGAAGCAACUGCGUGUCCCCUGCCUUGUGUUUGGCCAGGCUGGGCCUCCAUGAUCUGAGCCACUACUUUCACUCUGUAACAGUCACAUUUGUCAAAUAUAGAUAACUUGCAAUGUGAUGGCCACUAUCAGUUCUCUCUCUCUCUCUCUCUCUCUCUCUCUCUCUCUCUCUCUCUCUCACACACACACACACGUACUCCUGUCUACUAAAAAUGUUGUCUGUGCCUUAAUGACAGGAAAAUUGGAAGCCCCUCCAUAGGAAAUUGAUAUGGGUCCCAUCAGAGAACAAUUGUCUACUCUUGGAGAGGACCCAGAUGUAUGGUUGUCAGGCUCAUGUGAUCUUUAGGCAAAUCACAGCUCAUCUCCAAUCCAGGACUGGAAACCCAGUUCAAACUGAGGCUUCCAGUUCUAGUUUAAGGCAAGCAAUGGUUUGUCAUAAUCUUAUUUUACCCAGUUCAGAGAAGAUAACAAACUCUGGUUUACCCUGAAAUGAGAAAUGAAAAAGUGUGUGAACAUAAGUGUCUGAUACUCGUUGUAAGUGUCUGAUGACUGAACCACAAUCUGAAUGAAGUCACUGUGUAAAUACGAAGCAACUGCCAGACACAAUCUUCUGCUUGUGGCUCCUCUUGAAGCCAACUCUGUGUGGCCUCCACACACACUGAUGCUGGCUUCCUUCCUCCAAGCCUAUUUGUUAUACUGCAUAGAGUGACUUCCUCAGCAGCAUAUAACUCUGGGUCCUUGUGUUCUUCUUUUCAGUGAUGGCUUUGAAAGGUCCUGGUCUGUGUUUAAAAAGUUGUGUAUUGGAACUCUGUUAAUUAGAAUCCAAUUUUUGCCCCUAAGCUACUGGGUUGUUUUUAGAAAAUGUUUGACCUAAAGAAGGGCUGAGCUGAAUAGGGUGUCUCAUAAAUGCUGGAUUGACCUCUUCCUUCCUCAAUUCUGCAGCUCACCUUCAUUGGAGGACAGACAAGGACAGAGAUCUUCAUCCACUCCCUAGAGCUGGGCCACUCAGCAGCCACACGGGCCAUCAAAGCCUCAGGUACGCAUCUGAUCAAUGUUGAAAGCAGGUUCUCUGUGACAUCCUUUUGUGCUGUUUAGUCUGCAACAUAGCUAUUCCCCUGGAAAGUGAAGGGGAGAAUAGAGAUGGGAAGGAGGAAACCAAAUUCCUAACCCAUAGAAAAGCAGCAAAUUGAGAAUUUGGACAGCAUGAUGAUCUGCCGGGGUGGGUAUUCUCCUAUUAAUACACUGCUAGGAUUAGGCACUUUUGAAACUCUUGGUGAAUACAGACAUAACACAGAAGAAGAAGAAGAAGAAGAAGAAGAAGAAGAAGAAGAAGAAGAAGAAGAAGAGGAGGAGGAGUUUGGACUUGAUAUCCCGCCUUUCACUCCCCUUAAGGAGUCUCAAAGCGGCUAACAAUCUCCUUUCCCUUCCUCCCCCACAAUAAACACUCUGUGAGGUGAGUGAGGCUGAGAGACUUCAGAGAAGUGUGACUAGCCCAAGGUCACCCAGCAGCUGCAUGUGGAGGAGCAGGGAAGCAAAUCCGGUUCACCAGAUUACGAGUCCACCAUUCUUAACCACUACACCACUACACAAGAGGACCUUUUGCAGUUGUACUGACAGACAUGCAUGCUACUGGAAACUCCCAGUGCUGGACUUGCUCUCCUCCUCUGCUUGAGGCCUGUUGCCUGUACUGGACUCAUCUGUCUAUCUGGUAGCUUCUGCUGCCAUCUCCCCCUGCUGGGGAAAGUUAACAAAGCUGUGGACAGCAGCAGAAAUGAGAGGAUCAUCCGCUCCUUCUCCUCCCCCUCUGCAACAUGCAACAGAAUAGAGAGGGGUGUAUGGAGAGCCUGGUUUUCUUUCUACCUUCACAAGAUGGGGUGUGCUCUUUUCCUUUCUCAGAGACCUAUGUAGAGUAGGUUGAUCAAUUCUGCAAAGUUACUUCCAGCUGAACUGGGGAAUGUGGCAGCAGAGUAUGGGGUGACGAGCCUGGGACAUGCAGCCUGCCUUAAGAGGCAAUGCUGAUGACUGGGGCAGCUUUUUAGUUUUUUGAUUUGCGCAUCUUUUGGUUCUGUUGCGAAGAGACUCUGCACUACAUAGCCCUUGUCUGUAACAAGAUACUACCUCCUCUCUUUCCCCCUUUUUUUGGUGCAGGUCCAGGUUGCAAGCGGCUGGGCAUAGAUGGAGAUAGAGAAGCAAUCCCACUAACACUACAGAUCGCCUACAGCAAGGUAAUUCAGAGGUAGCUGCUGCUUCUUGCUCCUAUUGCUGAUGUUUGCCUCUAAUAUUCAAGCCUAGUCCUUUAGCUGGGCUGGAAAGGAGAGGACCAGCAGCAGAGAGGCAAAAUACAGGGAAUGAAGAGGCCACAUGUAAGCGAAAUACUUGCACUCUGGAAGCACUUUUGGAGAAUGUUUUAAUUAGAUGGGGCUGGGGCUGUGAGCAGCAGUUGCCCCCCCUUUCUUGCAUGCUUCCACAGACUAGAGAAUAACUGGGGUGCUGUGUGAUCCCUCCAGAGAGCAGUCAGUGGACGGAGCCGCUGGAAUGACAUUCAGAAAGUCUGCACGACCAUCAAUCUCAGCAAGACCUGUAAGAAACAAGAAGAGCUUGGUGAGUCUUUAUGCUAGGGUGAACAUGACUUUUUGCUACCUUCUCCCAGCACUUAGGUGGAGAAUGGGCCAGGUGAUUUAGAGAAGCCCUGUGCAACCUGCAUCCUGAUGUAGAUGAGCAUGCUCUUCUCUGUGUGUGUGUGUGUGUGUGUGUGUGUGUGAGAGAGAGAGAGAGAGAGAGAGAGAGAGAGAGAGUUGUGUGCAAGCUGUUUUGUCAUGUGUGUGUAUUUAUAUAUAAAUAUAUAUAUGCUGUCGUCUUGUUCUGAUGGUUCCUUGUUUUGCUGAAGCAUAUUGAAGAGAAGCUGCAGACAUGCACAUUUAGAAUGGAGUUAUGCCAAUUCUGCCAGGCAAGGAAAACGCUACUGCACACAAAAUCCACACAAUCUGGCUCUGUUGCAUGUGUAGUUAGCCCCUUGGGGAUUUCAAAACCUCUUACAGAUAGUGGGACAGUUGGCAUAGGAAUGUAGGCCAGACCCCAAACCACCACCCACCUGGAUGACUACUUCUGCCUGUUGCAUUUCUGUUGACCAAAUGCUGCAACUUCCUUUUUCAUCUCUCCCCUUUUGCUUUUUAAAAACAGCUUGACAGCUAGCUUCAGAACUAAUCUGCCAGAGUCAUGCAGUAAUACACUUGGCCACAAGGUGCCACAAACUUUCUGGCUUAUGCUGCAAGGACUCUGGCUCACCUUUUGCAUGAAACUCAGGGUUGACUCUGGUCCAGCUCUUUUAAAGAAAAUCUGUUUUUAGCCCACUAAAGCAACUGGCUUUCGAUUCGAAAUACUUUUAAUUGCUUGCAUAGACUGAGUGGGGUUUUCUCACUGAAAUACAUUUUUAGGAACCAUCUAGCACAACAUCGGACAUGGGUGGCGCUGUGGGUUAAACCACAGAGCCUAGGACUUGUCGAUCAGAAGGUCGGCGGUUCGAUUCCCUGUGAUGGGGUGAGCUCCCGUUGCUCGGUCCCUGCUCCUGCCAACCUAGCAGUUCGAAAGCACGUCAAAGUGCAAGUAGAUAAACAGGUACCGCUCCAGUGGGGAAGGUAAACGGCGUUUCCGUGUGCUGCUCUGGUUCACCAGAAGCGGCUUAGUCAUGCUGGCCACAUGACCUGGAAGCUGUACGCUGGCUCCCUCAGCCAAUAAAGCAAGAUGAGCGCCGUAACCCCAGAGUCGGUCACGACUGGACCUAAUGGUCCAGGGGUCCCUUUACCUUUACCUAGCACAACAUCGCAGAUUGGUUCAUGGAUUUUGUAAGGUGUGAAAUGGGGAGGCACUGCAGAAAAGUGCGGGCAAGUGUCUGCUGCAUGCAGCCUUGCCCCCAAAUUAUGUGCCAGGGAAAGGGAUUGAGGUUAAGAUAACUAACACAAUGGUAUUUGAUACUAUGGUGGUGGUGGUGGAGGAGGAGGAGGAGGGAUGGAAGAUGAAAGUGUGAUGAGUUUUGGAGUCAAGGGAAUGAGGAGAGGGGUGUAUCGAGGUGCUGCAGAAACUGUAGCCGCUGGACUGCAUCUUUCAUAGACUUCUUCCUGAAGCUUCAGAACUUUUGCAGAGCAGCCCUGCUGUCCAUAAAAUGUAACUGUGUGUGGCUUCUUUUAUAACCAGUUCUUAAGGGUCCCUCCAGACUGGUGCUUUUUUGAGGGUGCAUUCUGCAAUGUGUCACUAGUGCAGUAAUAGUGCAUUAAUGGCAGGUUGAUGCUGGACCAUCCACACAUCAUUCAACUCUACUAGUUGUUAUUUCCCAGUGUUACUGCAUCACAGUGUUCAAAACUCCCAUUUUGUGACAAGAAAUUUCAUUAGCACAAGCCGUUUCUGAGCUCUGGGCGCAGUACCAUGCCUGAGAUUUCAGAUUAAAACUGCAGAGUGGAAGGAAAGGAGGACCUUUUUCUACCUCCCCAUUUCCAGCUACUCUCUGAAGACUGGAGAAGAGACCAUCUUAAGAAUAUUAGGGGAGUGGGCGGGCAGGGGAAGGACUAGACCAUGUGAAAAAAUGAACAUAAUAUUUUAGCUGCAGUUCAUUCAUUUUCAGCUUUGUAUUCUUGUUAUACAAAAGACAUUCCAUUGUUGUGCCCAUAACCUAGGUUUAGGGUGCCAUUUAGCUCUUAGCUUUCAUAUCUCAGUUUCUCACACUGCUGCAUUAUUGACGUCUGGAGGGGCACUCUUGUACAAAGUGCAACAAAAGUGAAACAUCACCCACCUCCAGGACAUGUGUGGUAUGAAAAGUGGCUGGCUUUCAGUAGGUAGCUAUGGAACAUGCACAGGUUGGAAGCAUGUCUGCUCUGAAACCUUUGCAGGCACAGGGAGUAUUGAAAGCAGGAUCCUGUAUAACCAUCCUGAUACAAUCAGAACACAAAUAAUCAUGAAUGCACAAUAAAAAGGAUGUCUGGAGGGACCAUAAUUGCCUUUACCGUGACGAAGGUGUUGUUCCAUAUACUAGUAUAGCUCCUUUCCUGUUUCCUCCAGAUUCAAAAACCGAAUGCUUAACUCUCACUGCAACAGAGGUAAUCAAGAGGCAGAGUUCCAAGUCCAAGAAGAGUUUCAAUCAGGUAGCCUGACCUGUGGGUCUUAACCCUUUGUGGAUUUAUUUUCAUCUCAUGGUGUUGUUGGGUGGGCAAGAAUGCUUUUAGCCUUGGUGAAUUUCCCUUCUGCUGCAACCACCACCAAUAAUUUGACUGAUUUUUCUUCUGCAGCAAAUCAGUGUGUCUCAGAUGAAAGUGGACAAGGUCCAGAUUAUUGGGGUGAACUGUUCCUUUGCUGUGUGCCUAGACCAGGAUGAGAAGAAAAUUCUGCAGAGUGUCACCAGGUAGGGAAAACAUGGGAGGAUGGGACAUUUUCCCGUAGUUGUAAUUGGGCUCUGUGAUGGGGGUGGGUGGAUAGGGAAACUGCAUUUCCCUCCUUGGUCCAUCCUGAUUUAAAGGUAAGCCACUCUAGUUCCAAAGCCUCGGGACCAAAGAUGGAUGCUGGACCUUCACAUUAGGGUAUAUCUAAUUUAAGAAUUAAACCUAAAGAUACUUGGGGUUCUAGGUCUGGCAGCAGCCUGGUGUUCUGAAGUGUUGCCUCCACCAGUGUUGCCUCCACCAGCUCCUACCUGCAUGUCACCUGAGCUCUGCUGGCUCCACCCUUGGCUAGGUCUUAUGAAAAGGGUAAAAGGUAAAGGUACCCCUGACCGUUAGAUCCAGUAGUGGACGACUCUGGGGUUGCGCGUUCAUCUAGCUCUAUAGGCUGAGGGAGCCAGCAUUUGUCCAAAGACAGCUUCCGGGUUAUGUGGCCAGCAUGACUAAGCCACUUCUGCCGAACCAGAGCAGUGCACGGAAACGCCAUUUACCUUCCCACCUGAGCAGUACCUAUUUAUCUACUUGCACUUUGAUGUGCUUUCGAACUGCUAGGUGGGCAGGAGCUGGCACCGAACAACGGGAGCUCACCCCAUCGUGGGGAUUCGAACCGCCGACCUUCUGAUCGGCAAGCCCUAGGCUUUGUGGUUUAGACCACAGCACCACCUGUGUCCUUGCGGUGAAAAGGGUUUUGGAGCAAAUUCUUCAUUCCCACCAAGUUCCAGCAGAUCCUGUAAGAAGGUUUAGUUAGUUUUGGGAACAUAUUCUCUAAUCCUCAGCUGCUUAGAUUGUUCAGGGUGACCCAAGUAGCCCUUUACGGUCAUUUGGUUUGGGGGCAGCCUGUCAGUCGUCUCUCUCUAGAUUAAGUCCAUUAAAAAGUAUGUAGUGUUGAAUAUUCUUUGUGGAUGCCUUAAGCUUGGUCUGCUUUAUCCAACAGUGACCCUUCACUCCUGAUUAUGCAGCUUAGUCCACAAUUGAAAACUUUCUCACAGGAGACCUCUGCAGUGAUCUUCAGAAUCCAAGCUGGGUGCCAUUCACUUUGUGUACUUGAGCAGGCCAAAAAUCUGGGUUGCAGUGGGGAUCAGGACUUCUGAUCUAGGAUAAAAUCCAUCCAGAUAUACUCCUUGUGUAUGAUGAAGCUGUGGCUUCUGAGUCUAAGUUUUCCAAGCAGAGUCCACCUCACUGCAUAGUCAAUCUAGAGGCACAGUGGUACCUUGGGUUACAUACGCUUCAGGUUACAGACACUUCAGGUUACAGACUCCACUAACCCAGAAAUAGUACCUUGGGUUAAGAACUUUGCUUCAGGAUGAGAACAGAAAUCGUGUUCCGGCAGCAGCAGGAGGCCCCAUUAGCUAAAGUGGUGCUUCAGGUUAAGAACAGUUUCAGGUUAAGAACAGACCUCGAGAACAAAUUAAGUACUUAACCUGAGGUACCACUGUACAGGAGCCAAGGAAAAAUGGCCCUAUGUAUUUCUGCUAGGCAGCUGAACCUGUACGCCCACCUAUUGACGGAACAAUGUGUUGCAACUUUGCUCAGAGUUAAUAAUGCACUUAAAUGUGCCUGUGUCUCCUCAAUAAAUCAACUUCUGCUUCAAUCUUAAUAUCCUGCUGUAUUCACAGGUGUGAAGUCUCUGCAUGCUACAAGCCCAAGAUCAGUGAGCCCUGCAUUGAGGAGAACCCCUGUUCACUUCUCCCUACCCAGAAUUCCUCUGACUUCUGCUCUCUUCUCUGCUUACCCAUUGCCACCUUCAGUGGGGCACUGCCCUAGGGAGUCCGAAAGGAUGGAGUGAGUGAACUGCUUCCAGCUCCCAGUGCUGAUCAGAGGUGCUACCAGGCAUCCAAUGGAGAUGGACCUCCACUGAAAGAGGAAAACCCAUGGCAUGCGUCUUCCUGCCCAUGCUGGGUAGCUUGGCUUCAGCAGAAGCAGGGCAUGGUAGUCCUCCCAGAACUGGGAAACAAGCACUUGACACCCCUGGAAUAUGAAAGGGUUUGGUGUCUUUUAGGGGAAAGAAUAUCUACCAUCUGUGGUUUCCCCAGGAGUGCUGGAGAGAGAGAGAGAGAGAGAGAGAUUGCAGAUGACAUGGCAUGAAUGUGAUGGGGGCACAUCUGAAAUGCAGAGAAGUUGGAGGGUUUGCCUGGCCAGUUUCUGCUAAACCACUGAAAAACUUCAUUGAGAGUGAGAGAAUUGCAGCUGUCUGCUCCCCCUUUUAAACAGGGCAUUGUUGAUGUGACUGGCCCAGGGCGGGGCCUGACAGGCCUAUAAGAACUGCUGCUGCGGCUACCACCCAGGAGGACUCCCCUGCUCAGCGCCUGAGGACCCCAGUCCUGCCCAGGGCGGGGCCUGAUGGGCCCUAUAAAGGACUGCUGCCACUGCUGCUGCUGGGCAGAGAGGGCUCUGUUUUUUGGGGGGGGGUUGUUGUUUUUUUUACCUAUGUCAUUUUAAACUCUGAUAUGAAUGGUGUAUACUUAGUUUUAGAUUUUGAUUUCUGUGGAAAUUGUUUCCCAUUUGGUUGUGUAUUUUUUUGAUGUGGUUUAUUUAUUGUUUAUGACUUUUGUAAUUAUGUAAAUCUUGUUAUGCUGUAAGCCGCCUUGAGCAUUGUUUUUUUAACUGUGGAAAGGCGGCAUACAAAUAAAAAAUGAUGAUGAUGGUACUUACUGCCCUACAAACGAGUCCAUAACAACAGAGGUGGGGUAUUUUUUUACAGCUGGAGCUGAAUGCAGCUUUUGUGCUUAUGCUUUGCUGCCAUUCACAAAUUGCAGGGAUUGCAGUAUGUUGCACCUUGGGUUUUUCUUUGUUGAAAUUGCCUGAUGCUCAGUCUGUUAAGAGUCACCAGGAACUGGAAUUUGGAAUUUGGUGGCCAGCAGGGGGUGGGCAGUGGCAGGAAGCGAGCAAAAUGAAUGAACAUGCACUGAAUGAAACUGAAGGGCAGAUUGGAGCAGGGUGUGCUCUCAAAUGGAACAGAACGGUUUGAUGACAAAUGUUAGAUGAACCAGAGUGCUUCUCUGUAAAAAUAAGAUCGGAGAAGAAAACACUAAUAGCCAUCUAUGGUUGUCAGUGGAUGCCCUAAGUCUCUGCAGGAGAGCCUUUGAAGCAAAACUGUUCUAUUUGCCUAACUUCCUACAGAAUUGGAUGGCUUUGAGGUGUUCUUGGCCACCAAUGCGUUUAUUCCAGGCACAGGAAGCCCAUGUUCCUCCAGGUGGCGCUGGACUCUACCUGCCACCAUCUUCAGCUGGGUAUGGCCAAUAGUCAAGGAUGAUGGGAGUUGGGAGUUCAACAACAUGCAGAUGGGUACUGUUUCCCCAUUCCUGGUAUCAAGGAAUGCAGGGCGUUACAUGCUCUUGUGUUGCUCCAGAUUUGCGACACCCAGGUGGAAUCGUUUCAGGAGGCACAACUGCAGAAUUUAUGAAUGGGUGGUUGCUGUAGCAAAGAGGCAAAGAAGCCUCAUAACAGAACUGGAAAAGAACUAUCGUGGUUUCUCUUGCUCUGUAGCAGGAAUGGUCCUCUAGAUGAUGAUGAACUCCCACCUUCCCUCGUCAUUGCCCAUGCUGGCUGGGGCUUGAUGGGUGCUGGAGUCCAACAAUAUAUGGAGGGCCUCAAGUUCUCCAUCCUUGGUAUAGAGUGGGACUCCUUUCCCCCCUGAAGAUGGAAACAAAAUGUUAACCUGAGAAAUGUAGGUAGCACUGAGGUCCAUUUUAAUCGCCUUCUUACUUGAAUUAAGCCAUUUUUACAUGAAAGUUAUAAUAAUAAUACAUGCUGUUUACUUGCUUGCUUUUGAGAGGAGAAUGCAAAUGGGUGAAACUGAUUGUUGGUAGUGGGAGGUGGUGACUAAAGGGGCAUUUUGAACUCCCAGUUGCAGGGAGUGUCUGUGUGUGUGUGUUAGUGUCAGCAGAAUGUGGAAAGGAAAAAUCCAGGUGAACAGGGUCCUCCUACCUUCUCAUUCCACUUUUUAUUCUUAUUGAACACACACACACAUUUUGCAUGGGUAAUAGUUGCAUAUUCUUUUCUCAGGGAGAGGAACAACCUGGGGUUAGGUGCAAUGCAGAUCAAGAAAUUGCUGGGUGAAGAAUUGAGGACAAGGAUGUCAAGUCUCAAAUUCUUCCCUAGAAAACUUCCAGAAAGGUGCACACACAGAAGCCAUGGGAUGCCACAAAGUGGUGCUUUUAAUAGCUUUUGUAUGCCCUGUUUUUUGUUUUUAAAGCACUGAUUUUGUUCCUUAAAAUGAGCUGUUUGCCCUUGGUUUCAAGUUGCAAUCUUAACACCUUACCCUCUCAAGACCACUGCCACAUACCUGCCUGUAAAAGCAAUUUGUGGCAAUAAAGGCAGCGUGAUGCACUGUGGUUUUCAGUAGCUGUUUGUAAGAAGCUUUUGGAAGGGAGGGAGGAAGGGAGGAAGGAAGGAAGGAAGUGUGUGCAUUAUAAAUGCAAAAUUUUCUACUGAAAUUGAGUACCUUUUGUCUGUUGGAGCAUUUCUUUAAUAGAUGCAAGAGUUGCUUGCUUUUGUACAUAAACCCACUGUGUAAAUUUUAUAUUGUGACCUAAUUUUAUAAAAUAUUGUUGAGAUAUUUUAUUGUAAAUUUAUUUGAAAUAAAGCCACAUUUUCAUAAAUC